CACUGGCGCUCAAAGCACAACAGGAAAGCGUGUCGAAUGGUUGAUUUUAUGUUUUAAAUAUUUUUUUGCACACCGGAGGUAGGUUAUGUUCCAAUUAACCCUCACUUUCUAUAAACAUUCCAUGCUCAGGGCUCUUUGUGGCCAGCUAAGGCUGAUAUUAAUUAACAUUGUUAUAGACAAGAUCUGCACUGUGAUAUUAGCCAAACAUCUCUCAGUAUUUACUAAGUGAACUCUCCAAGCACCAUAACCACUGCAGCACAUAUAUAUAUAUACAGCAUGGUGCUGGGAGGCCAUAGAUACAGCCAGGUGGUUAGACCACAAUAAAAGGGAUUCUUUGUUCACACUCCAUGCAUUAAACAUUGUAAUGAGGAAGCUUCCAUCCUUAUCUCUUUGGAAAUUCAAAGUGAAUUUGAAUUUUUUGUGUUUUCAGGUUUUUUGUUUUUGGCCUAAACUUUGUAAUUUACUUUUGAUUUUCCAGCAGUUCAUACAUUAGUGAUUGCAAGUGUUUCCCACCGAUUGGGGUCAGGGAAUUCUCUGAUUUUGUAAAAUCUGUUCACUUCAUAUAAAAUCAACAACUUUUACUUAAUUUGCCUUGUCAUGUUUGAUUUAUUUAUUUGGAAGGAAUAGCUCAACUGUUAGAUUUUAAAAUUUAAAACAUGCUCUGAGUACAGGCAAGUAUUUGUUGCAAGAAUAUUUUUCAGGCUAGUGUUGGAUUUGCCAUAACUCCCCCCCCCCCUCUAUCUUUCUCAGUAAGCGCUAUGCAGCUCCACAUGGAUUUGUGAGAUAGUUUAUUAACUGUAAAAUAUGCAAAAGUGUGAGCGCUCCUUAGGUAGUAAACAAUCAAAAUAAUAUUUAAUAGGUAUAUAUAAAAGACACAUGUAUAGGACUCCCUUAGCUCUAAAAGGCUCAUUCAUAGAAAUGUGGGCUCAAAAGAUAAAUAAAAUUCAUAAUACAAAUACUCAGCGAUAUCUCUGGUAACACUGCCGUAAAAGCACAACUGUUACUCGCUGGAAUCUAAUAUAUAAACACUGUAACAAAAAUAUUCUUCACAGCAAUGAAUAGCAAGAUGGGGAAUCUCACCUAAACGGUGGAAUGAACAGUGUACUAAAGCCAACAAAACAUAAGACAUUUAUACCACAGUAUAAACAGUUUAAUAAUACUGGAAUAAAGUAAAAUAGACUUAUCAAAUACGUGAUAGAGACAGCAAACUAGUACUUAUACAUGGGGGGGCUAUGAGGGCUCUCUCCACAAGUCCAGAAUGAUGGUCUAUGCAGAUGUGUGCUAAUCAAUAAGGUAUACAGCGAGAUCAACCCCUCUGUCCUUGCCUGUGGUGUAACACCCGAUGUGCACAAGGUUACGUAUGACAGGGCACUCUCACUUUUGCAUAUUUUACAUUUUUGUACUAUUUCCUAGUCGCCCUUAUGUGUGAAGCAGCCCAUUUUGUGACCUACGCUAUUUUCUUUUACUAAAAGUUUAUUACUGUUUGCUUUUUUUGUUUAUUGAAAGGGAUACUGUAGGUUAUAUAAGAAUUUAAUUAAGUUGGUUAUAGUGCCUGGAGAUCCCUGGCACUGUUUCUCCAUUCAGUGUUAAAGGAACACUAUGGGUACUAAAACAACUUAGCUUAAAGGGACACUAUAUUCACAAGAACCACUAAAGCUCAUUGUAAUUGUUCUGGUGAGUAUAGUCUGUCCCUGCAGGCAUUUUCAUACAAACACUGUUUCAUGCAAACAAUGUAGGCAUUUUCAUGCAAGCAGUGCCAUUUCAAAUUGUGUUUAAUCGUUGAUUUUAUUUUUUAAAUAUUUUUUGCACACCGAAGGUAGGUUAUGUUAUGUUCCAAUUAAAGGGACACUCCAGGCACCCAGACCACUUCUGCCCAUUGGAGCCAUCACCCUUAACCCUGCAAGUGUAAUUAUUGCAGUUUUUAUAAACUGCAAUAAUUACCUUGCAGGGCUAAGUCCUCCUCUAGUGGCUGUCUAUCAGAUGUGUGCUAAUCAAUAAGGUAUACAGCGAGCUCAACCCUUGCCUGUGGUGUAACACCCGAUGUGCACAAGGUUAUGUAUGACAGGGCACUCUCACUUUUGCAUAUUUUAAAUUUUUUUACUAUUUCCUAGUCUUAAGAAGCCACUAGAGGGACUUCCGGCUUCUUAAAACACGAAAAGUGUCACCGGCAUCCCCAUAGGAAAGCAUUGUUACCUUGUUCCCUUUUUUCCAUAGGAAAGCAUUAAAUAAUGCUUUCCUAUGGGGAGGUCUAAUGCGCGCCCAUUGCCGCGCAUGCGCAUUAGGUCUCCCCCGCUGGCUGACAUCGGCGGGGGAGGAGCGUGGGCGGAGCCUGACUCAGCACCGAAGGAUAUUGCCGCUGGAUUCAGGUACGUCACUGAUGGAGUUUUGACCCCUUCAGCAACAUGGGGUAGGAGGGGGGAAAACGGAUAUGUCCCUUUAAUAAUAGUUUUUUUUUUGUGCAAAAUGUAAAUUGUUUUUUGUUUGUUUCUGUUUUUAUGCAUCCCUGCAAUUUAGUGAAGUUUGACAUUCAUAUAUGAUGUUUAUAGGAUCGUGCAAAAAUAGUUUUUUGUAUGUAGACACAAAUAUGUGCUAUAAUGCAGAACUGCUGCUCCACAAUCAAAAGGUAGCUUUGAAGAGUGAUGCCAACUAGACCUCUGCAUUAGUUAUUUUCAGCUGCUGUGAACAAAUCAAAUUCCAUUUAAUCUACGCCUGGACGACUUGAUCUUUCAGGAUUUACCUGUGGAGUUUUAGUCAGUGACUGAGAUUCCACAGGUAAAUCCCAGGCAAAUCAAUUAAUGUGGGCGUUAGAUUAAAAUACAUUUGUCGUUUGGACCACCUGACACACAUUAAUGCCAAUUACAAUUAAUUGUAAAUUAAUUAAUCAAAAUUGAUAGAAUUACAUAGCUGUUCAUGCAGGAGUAUGCUUUGAAAAAUGUCCUGUCUUUUUAAUGAUAUUGAAGUUUUAGAUUUUUUUUUUGUGUCCCCCUGCCCCCCCAUACAGCGGCACCUGUUCAUGUGACAUCAUUUGGAUAAGAGUGAAGUUGGACCUGGACACGUAAAAUAUGGCUUUUCAGGUAAAUAUAAUUAAAAGUUUACUCUAUAAUCUAUGUACGGAAAAAAACAUUUGAAUGUAGUAUAUAUUUUCCUCUAAAAAUAGUUUGUAAUUUAGAUGUUCAAGGACUAAAGUCACCCACUUAAUCUCAGUAAAGUGGCCUGGCUACAGUGGGCCUAUCCUUUUAACCCUGUAGUGUAAAACAUUUAUUUAUUUUAGAAACUGCAUGGUUACCGUAUACAUUUUGUCCAAGAUGUGCAUGUGAUGAUAUCUGCACACAUCCUAGUUUACUGAACAAUAAAUAUUUAACAGGGCUAUUUUACAGAAACAUCAAAAAACAUCCUGCUUGGGUACAUUAACAUCAGAGUUCUGGCAUGAAGGUGUGUCUGGUGGGUGCCACUCCACCAGCCCCAGGCACAACAUGAGCCUUCAACCUCUGCCCUUGGUUCCGGCAACAUUUAAUGGUCAACAACAGGGCUCCUGGAUAUGAUGUUCCGCCUAGGUUUAGGGCAGUGGUUCGACGGAUAACCUCUUGGGGUUCAAAGCCCAGGAAGGCAGGUGUGGGGACCAUUCUCAAUUACCCAGUGCAGAGGCUCGGCUUCCGGAACAGAUGUCCAGUAAUAGGAGCUGUAACCAGUAGACGCCAUAGCUAAAAAAAUGCACCCAUGAACAGGCAGAGCAGCUUUGCCCAUUUUAGGCCGCAUAGUCACCAUUUUGUUGGUCUGUUGUGGGUGUCCAACUGCUGGGUGGGCUUGCAGGUAAUCUGUACUGUUGUCAGCACCCUCCAGUGGGGACCGAAAUAAACUCCACCGGUCCAUGGAGGGGUCGAGGCUUGUGAGGAGUGUCAGAGCUGUUGUAUGACAGCAAGGCAGCGGCCGUUCGCCCCGCUCCUCUCCCGAAUAGGCCGCAGGCUCCAAAGUUUCAGAACAUCCAUAUGGGCCUCAAAACUCCUGGUCUCAGAGUCCACAGUAGCACUAACAACUACUUUCAUGCUUAGUGAGUUCACACAGCAUAAAUAUUCGCAUUAAUUCCUGAAUUUCUGCAUAAAAAGGCAAGAUUCUGCAUGAGCCUUUCCAACUUGAGACCGAUCAGCAUGGCAGGCAGGCUCUGCCCCCCUGUAUCCUUUUUAUAACAUUGUGUCUCAUCAAGGAAGUUGUUUUUUUUUAAUGCAAAGCAUUUAACAGGGCCAUGUGUAAACUGCUGCUGCAAUUAGUUUAUAGAACGGUUUCACGUAUCCUGUGUGAUGAAUGGACUUGCUGCUGGAGUAGAAACUACUUCUCUAAUAACCCGGUGCUGGUCCACAGUUUGGAUCUCAGAAGGAGGAGUAAGAGCUCAACUCAGAUUGUGCCUACAGCGUGCAGAUACCACACGCACCAUUUUAACACAACAUUCGGCAGUCAGAGUGAAGUGUUUCGGUUGUGUCAUUGAAAGCUCUGAGAGGCUGUUAUAGAGCUUUAGAGAAUUUUACAAUGCAUAAAGUGACCGCAACUGCAGGUGGUGUUAGGCAAUAGUUUAAACUCAGAAAAUGCAGAAUUUACACUGCUGUGGUUGCAGGGGCAGUCUCUAUGUCCUGAAACCACUACAUUAAGCUGUAGUGGUUCUGUUUCCUUUAAUUUAGAAUUUCUUCUCUCCUACUCUGUAUAGAGCAUGCAACAGACUCCUGUAUGUGAUUUAACAUUAGAGAAGAACUUCUAAAGUAAACACACGGUGCUGUUAGAAAAUAAAAAAAUUUUCAUGCAGACUGUGAGUCACAACCGGGUGAGGUGACACUAGUGCUGCAUAAACAGAAGCAAAAGUGAUUUAACUCCUAAAUGAGAAUUGAGCAGCAGGGGCAUGAUCUGUACACUAAAACUGCUUCAUUAAGCUAAAGUUAUUUUAUUGUUUAGAGGGACUCGUUAAACUAAAGUUGUUUUGAUUCUUAUUGUCCCUUUAGUAAGUUUAUUUGGGCAGCACCCUCUUUUCAGUGGGCUGUAGUGGUGUUGAUACUUGGAGUAACCCUUUAAUAUGAAAUUUUCCUUUUGAAAAGAAAAAACUUCUACAUAGGAUUUUAUGAAUGUCCUCUAGCUCUUGAUGACCUGUUUGCUGUUGGACACGAUAAUGCUGGCUAUUGAUCGGAAGCCUUAAAGGGACACUAUAGUCACCAGAACAACUACAGCUUAUUAUAUCUGUUCUGAUGAGUAGAAUCAUUCCCUUCAGUUUGGCUACUAGAGGUGCUUCCUGGUGCAGUGCUGCACACUGUGCAGUACUGACAUUCAGUGUCUGCACCCUCUGCAUGGAGACACUGAACUUUCCUCAUAGAGAUCCAUUGAUUCAAUUAAUCUCUAUAAGGAGAUGCUGAUUGGCCAGGGCUGUGUUUGACUUGUGCUGGCUCUGCCCCUGAUCUCCCUCCUUGGCAGACUCAGCCAAUCCUAUGGGGAAGCAUUGUGAUUAGCUCAGACCACCACUUCUGAUGACGUCUGCAGACUGCAGGCAGUUAAGAGGCAGACAGGGGCAGAGCCAGCAGCUGCAGACUUGAAUACCAGUAAAAUGUUACUAUAUUUAGGGAGGCAAUGGGUUGGGCAGGGGGACUAGAUGAUGGUUUUAACACUAUAGGGUCAGGAAUACAUGUUUCUUGCUGACCCUAUAGUGCUCCUUUGAAGAUGGCUGCUCAUUGAGCAACAGUAGUACAGGUCAUGCACUGAAAAGGCAAAAGGUAGGGUGUGUUGUGUGUGUAUACAAACAUACCUUAUGAUAAGACCGAUGUACUUUGUUAUCCCUAUUAAUUGACACUUUGUUUUGUUCCUGUUUCAUAGGUACCUGUUGUAUUCAACGAUGUUGUGGCCUCAUUUACAGUAGAGCAGUGGAUAAACCUGGCAGGUUGGAAGAAGGAGCUCUAUCACAAUGUAGUGAAAGAUAUCCAUAAAAUUCUAAAGAAACAAGGUGAGUCUUCCUAUUGACAAUUGUUACAAAUAUAAUAAAAAUCAUCAAGGUUUGCUUAAUGUUGACCUGACAGCCUUUCUGGCGCAUUUUAUAUGUUUGUUAAUUGUGCAGAAUAAAUAAAUCAGAAAUGCGAAGAGGUUUGAAUGUAAGAAUUGUUUGCAAAGCUGUCAUAGUACCAUUUGUUUCCCAACAUAUUUAAACUAUCAUUAUACCUUUUAUUAAAGAUAAAGGUAUCACAACUGAGGGAUGUGAGGUCAGCGACAGUUCUCAUCCUUCAGCAUCGAGCUGUAAAGUUAAAGAAAAGACAGGUGCUCACAUAAUGCAGGCCUGACGUUUACGUAUUUUCAUUGACCGACUGUGGUGAUGCAAUAUCGUUUGCUGGAAGACGCGCAUGCUCAGUUGUUGCAGUGUGUAAUAUUGUAUGCCGAAGGCUGCGAGCCAUUGUCUCAAUUUUCUGGGUGUUAUAGGAGUUAUUGUCCAACAAAAAGCUAGAGGCCAGAUGCAUCAUUGUAAUUACUGGCUUUGGCUCCUCAUGUGUUUCUGAAAUGUAGUUCUGGGAUGUUAAGGUUAUCCAUAAGCACAGCCAAAAUAAAUCAACUGGGUUCAUUAGUUUUAUUUAUUUAUAGGAUUUGAAUACUAUUCAUAGUGCUUUCAGUCCCACACUGGUUCACUGCAGCACAUAGGACAACAAGGAAAGAGACUUUCAUGGGUCUGUCAUAUAAUAACCAUAUAAUAACCAUACCAAUACAAAUAUCUCACCCCCACUAAAGUUCUCUUUCUUCAACCUAACAGGACUGCCCUGUCCGUGUUAUUAAGCUCAACAUUACUGAUCUGGUCCGGUCAGUUCUAGUGGGCUGAAUAAAGAUGUUUUGCAGCAGACUAGGACUGAUGAUUUUAUUUGCUUCAUUUUGAAUAGUUGGGGUGGACCACAUUAAUUAAAGAAUUUUGAAAACCUGCUUUAAUUUAUUUUUAACAAAUAAAUCAUGUUAUUGCUGUUGCACAUUUGUUUAUUAAUGUUACAUUUAUAUUGCUGUGUUCUUUUGCCAGGCUAUACGAUUAUUAAUCCAGAUGUUUUAUUCAACAUCCAAAAAACUGAUGAAUCUUGCAUUCGCAUUGACAGUUCACUUGCAGAAAGGGAACCUGAUGUUGUUAGAGGUAACGUAAUUAUUUUUAGCAUUAAUAUCUUUCAUAUGUUUAACAUGAAAAAGCUAUGGAAUAUACUGCUGUUUGUAACAUGUAUAUUAAUCUUUAUACAUUGGUCCGUGAACAUCAAUAGGGAAACUAAUUUUCUUCUCCAAUUAUUUGAUAUGUAACUUAAAAUUUUCAUAUAUAUAUGUGUAUGUAUGUCAUAUAUAUUAUUUUUUUUAUAUAUAUAUAAUAUAUAUAUCGUGUUUUGUUAUUGUACUGCGGAGUGUGUGUGUGUGUAUAUAUAUAUACACACACACACACACACACACACAUAUUCCACAGUGCUGUGCAAUAAUCAAACAAGACAAGCAAGUUAUUCUAACAAAACAUGUAUGACUUACUGAAACAGUAGGUGAAGAGGGCCCUAGUGGAGCCCCAAAUGAGCUUAUAAUCAAAAAAUCUCUGCCAGUGAGCUGUUAAUAAGCUCACUCCCACAACUCCAAUAUAGUCUAUACAUCUGUGAAAAAUGCAUCUAUGUAUUAAGUUAAACACACAUUUCAAUGGUCACAAUAUGGAACAUAAUUAUCUAAUGACACACCUGUCACAAACUGCCUCUGUGUUACAUUCAACCUGUGAUGUAGCCAAGAACCCAUCAAAUUAUUAUUAUUUUUUUUUUAUCAUUAACCUUGCUAUAACUGCAUUUUAAAGGGACACUAUAGUCAUUAGAACAACUACAGCUUAUUGUAUUUGUUCUGGUGAGUAUAAUAAUUCCCUUUAGGAUUUUUGCAGUAAAUACUGUCCUUUCAGAGAAAAAGCAAUGUUUACAUAACAACCUAGGGGUACCUCCACUGGCCACUCCUCAGAAGGCUGCUAGAAGUGCUUCCUGGGGCAGUGCUGCACAGUGUGACUGACAUUCAGUGUCUCCACUCACUGUCUCCACUGUGCAUGGAGACCUUGAACUUUCCUCAUAGAGAUUAAUUGAUUCAAUUCAUAUCUGUGAGGACAUGUUGAUUGGCCAGGGCUGUGUUUGACUUGUAUUGGCGCUGCCUCCUUGACAAGCUUAGCCCAUCCUAUGGGAAAGCAUUGUGAUUGAAGACCACUUCUGAUUAUGUCAGCCAAGCAGGCAGAUCAGGGGCAGAACCAGUAGCAGCAGACGGCAAUAAAGGUAAGAUUUUGCUAUAUUUAGAGGGAUAAGAGGGGAAGGGCAGGGGGGCUAAAUGGUGGUUUUAACACUGUAGGGUCAGGAAUAGAUGUUUGUGUUCCUGACCCUACAGUGUUGCUUUAAACCCAGCAUUGUGAGAUUAAAGUAAACCUGUCUUGACAAGUUAACUUUAAUUGAAAUCCUCCCAAAGGUAAUUAAUAUAUUAUUAUUGAUUAAUUGUAAAUUGUUUGUGCAGUGCCUCUGUCUGAAGCUCUGUCACUCUGUUCCUAUGCUCCUCUAGGCAACACUAGAAAUGCUGGCUAUGCAGUAACCAUACCAUACUCCGGUUACUGUGCUGGAAAGCAUGUUGAAUUGCACCUGUAGGAGGUCUCUUAUGCUCUCCCUGUCAGUCACUUCUUUGGCAAAGAAGUCUGUGCCAGCUAUGCUGAAGGAUUGAUUGACAAAGGUGAGAGAGGCUUUUCUCCCAAUCCACACAUUUGCUAUAAUGUGUGUACAUUAAAUCUAAUUUAGUGUGCCAUGAAAGAUAAACCUAAUUGAUGACAUCACGGUUUUAAACCUAUGACUUUUUCUUACUUCAGUGGACUUACUGACAGAAUAAAAGUUUUGUGAAAUUUAGAUUUCGAUCACUUUGAUAACGGUUGUGCAAGAUUGUCUGAAAGUUAAAAAAAACAACAACCAAAAAAAACCAGUUAUCGAUCAGUAGAAUACUGAUGCCAGAUUGUUAGAAAGGCCCGAAGCCCAAGAACGUAAUAAUUUCAGUUUUUCCCUAAAUGCUAAAUAUGAACUGCUACUCCCGUAUGGUCAGUAUGUCAUAACUGGAGGUAGGAGAGGUUGAUGGGAGUAGCCCUUUCUUGAGCUAAAUUGUAGAAAACACUGCAUGGAAUGCUCAUUAUGUAGGUGAAAACAUUGGAAAUUUACUAUUUCAUUUCAGAUUUGUAAUGUGUCUGCUGCAAGCAAUCCUUUCCUCACUUUUAAGUAAUAACUCCUGAAAACCUAUUUUAUAUUACUUUCUAGAUGUACCUGAUCUGUUGCUAAGGAUAAAAGAGGAAUCUGCAGAAGAAGCUCACUGUAGUACUGAAAAACCUAAAAUCAAAGAGGAGCGUGAUACAGCUUUGCCUCCCAAAUGUGAGUGUUAAUAGUACAUUAUGUUAUGCUGUAUAAAAGAAAUGACUUUACAGUUUUGGAACCAUACCGCCCCUUUUUUUUUUUUUUGUAUCUAUCAACUUGUCUGUUCAUGUAAGGCUAUUAAUUGGAAAGUUGAGAGAUAUAUGUAGUUGCUCUCAUUGUAAGCAAUUGCAGGACUAAGAUUGGCUGAGAUGUCGUUGCAUAUGUCACUGCAGGACUAGAUGCUAAGGAUUUGCUACAAAUGGGGAAUACUCAGGAGACAAGUAUUUUUUUUGUUAAUUUAUGGGGUUUUUUAAAGGUAGUCUGUGGGCACCGUAAACUGAUAUGUACCUUUUUCAUUUUUAUUAGUGGGGCGCUAGUGGGCUUGUCAGUAGGCAUCUGGACCUAGACUUUCUGAUAUGAGCUUUGGACCAACCAAUUAAGUAGCUAGGCAGUACAGUUGGGUGUUGUCUUUGAAAGUUUGAGGUUCAACUAUUGAUUAUUGGUUUAUCACCAAAAGGUAAGAUGGUCCCCAGGAUCUAAUCACACCAUAAUUAUUUAAUUGCAAUUAAGUUGUUAUGGUUCUCAGAGUGUUUUUUAUUUUAUAUUUAAUGAAGUAUUCGUUUUUAUCACCUGUUUCUUUGCAUUUACAUAUUAGAAAUAAAAAUCCUUUUAACAAAUACAAGUCGGGCGCUUCAAUACUUAAUAAUAAAUCUAUGCAGAGAAGGGUGAAAAAAGGUGUUGCCCCCACACCUUGAUAUUAAUAGAAAAAUAGCACCAACAACAAAGUGUAAAAAACACAGAGUGAGAGUGUACCCUUCAAGCAAGAUAUAAAUAUAAAAUAAGUAAAUACUUAUGCAUAUUCAUGAAUGGCAGGAUGGUCAUAAACAAUACCUAAAAAAACCAAUAACACAAAACAUAGUGUGUACUGCCAAAAUACAAGUGAGUAUAGAUGAAUAAUUGGUUCAACUCACAGAUUCCAGAGCCGUACCAGGCUCUGUAUAGAAAGCCCAAGGGUGCCUAAGCAGGCUAAAAACUGAUGACCAUGGAUCACUGAGAUAGGAGAAGCCACAGCAGCAAAUGAGUGGAUCAAAAUAAAAACAAAGUAUAAAAUAGGCUUACAAAAAAGAAGAGAACACAAAGUAUAAAAUAGGCUUACAAAAAAGCAGAGAACAGCUUUUUUGUAAGCCUAUUUUAUACUUUGUUUUUAUUGAAUAAAUGUAUUCUUUGAUCCACUCAUUUGCUGCUGUGGCUUCUCCUAUCUCAGUGAUCCAUCUGAUUCCAGUGGUCCAUGGUCAUCAUAAACAUUUUAUAAACUUACUAUAAACUUGGUGAGAUUGCAUUAUUGGGUACACCUCUUAUCUAGUAGAGUUUCUUCAGCCUCCCCAAAAUCACCCAACUCAGUGUCAUACUACUCCACUAGUGACAGAAACAGCAGCAAAAGAGAGAAACCGGUACCGAGACUGCUCAGCAUGAUCACACUUCUUAGACUCUCCCUGUGUGAGGAUGUUGCAAGGUGAAAGAUCUCAAAAUGCACAUGCGUAAAUCUGUCAGAAAUGCGCAAUGCACUUUUUCAGGAUUCCUAGGGAUAGGGCACUGAUUGGUUAGAUCAGUGCUCCUCCCCUCCCCUGAAAUGGGCGUGGUAAAAAAAAGAUAGAAGAAGCAGGCAAACAUGGAAAAAAUAUUUAAUAACUGAAUUAGAUUUGUAUUUUUUUUUUUAAUGCUAAAAAACAAUGUUCUUUUCUUGCAGCAUGUCCUGUCAUCACUUCUGUUGUUUCAUUAAGCAUCAAGGAAGAGCAGAUGGCUUGUGACGAGGUGGUCAAAGUUUCUGUACCAAGUAAAACAAGUAUGUUACCGCUUCUUUAAGCUGCUGGACAGUUUUUAUAUUAUCUGUGGUUAUUUUUAAUUUGUUUUUCUUUUUGUUCUGUAUUGUUUCUGUGUUUUGUUUUAUAAUAUAGGACCUGUUGUCUAGUUUGUUUUUGUUUUUAAAGCAUGUGUUCUUUGCAGAUCCACCAGAAGUUCAAGAUGGCAGUAUGUUUUUUAUUAAGCAAGAGGAAGAAGUCUAUUCCAUAGACGAUUAUAAUACUGUGGGACUGGAGACCACUGUACAAGAAACAUCAAGUAAGAUAUUUCAUACUCGCCCAUUUCAUAUUGGUAUGAAACCUUCUCUUUGGUUUUGCUUAAACGCACUUUGCACUAUUGCUUCUGGGUUUGACACAGUCCAUGUUUUCACAUAUUCAUAUUUUCUAUAAUAUACGUGGCGCUAAAAAAUUAGCUUUUGCAUAAACUGCAGACAUUUCUGCCUCGUUGCGAUUUUGCUUGGGAGGAUGAAAUGUCUCAUAUGGCUAAAUUGCUCCCUACAAUAAUUAGUGCAACUUAUUGAGUAAUUGUGAGUAUGCACGUCUAGAAAUAUGCUCACAUUAAAUUGAAUAGGAGACCAAGGAUUACUGGGGAGAUCUCUUCCAGUUCCUGGUUAAAUCCGUGUGAAUGGAGGAAAUAAGUUCUUUGGAAAAAAAACUGCUAGAUUCUUAGUGUGUUAGAUAUUUAGAUAUGUGUUAGUAAGUUCAAACUACCUGUACAUGCACAGUUCUUAAACUAAUGAAAAUGUACACAAUGAGUUACCAGUGGAGAGCAGAGACCAGCUGCAUGCUUAUGGUAUAUGUAAAAUGGUCUGCGUGAAAUGCAGGUAAUGUAAGUUUAAAUUUGUUUGUAAAACUUUAGAACGUUGGUUUUCUCCAAAUGGGCCCUACUUUAUGUGGAAAUUUAAUCUUUGCCAGAUAUCUAUGGCCACAUUCUUCUUAACAUCGACCUUUUUACAUCAACAUCAAAUAAAAUACCACAUUUUCCUUCUCAGGGAGAAAUGUCUCCAAAGACAUGUUUAACCACUGCCAUAUUGGAAAGGCUUAAAUCACAAUAGCUGUGCUUGGGUAACCGUGCAAACAAGACUAGCACACACAACCUGAAAGUUUUAAGUGGUUGAAAGUUUAGCCUCUAUAAUAACAUGCAUUUCCACAUGGGGAAGAAAAAAUGGCAUUAGGAUCCUUUUACAAUCAAUUACUGCAUUACUGUCCAGAGCCUUGAACUAGACUCCUAGCCUACCCGCCUGCAAAGCACCAGAACACGGCAACAAUUAUAUUUCCACGUUAACUCUUCAAAGGAAAUCAGAUAAUGACAGAAAACUAUUGUAUUAAAUUAUGUAGUCAGCGAUCGCAGGAUUUUCAGGCACUUGCCGAGCAUAGAGAGCCAGCCUGUGGCCUUUGUUAUGAUAUUAGCUGGACAUUAUAGUUGUAUUCCCUUCUCAUUCAGUAUUAGAAAAAGAUGAUCAUCAAUAAAAAUAUAUCAUGGCCAUUAAAAAACAUAACAGCAUAGUGCUCUAUUUAGGGAUCGACCGAUAUUGAUUUUUUUUUUUUUUAGAGCCGAGACUGAUAAUCUGUUAACUUUCAGGCCGAUAGCCGAUAACUUGCCAAUAUUCUGUACAUUUACCAUUUUGAAAAAAUAAACUAUUUCUUAAGGUAAAUGCACAAAAUAUGCAUGCCACAUGUAGUGGAUGCAGUGUGUUUAGACAGGGGAGCUGUGUGUGUUUGUCUGGUUGAUGCAGUGUGUAGUGUGUGUGUAUGUAAUGAAUGCAGGGUGUGUUUGUGUAGUGUGUAUAGUGAAUGCAGGGUGUGUUUGUGUAGUGUGUAUAGUGAAUGCAGUGAGUGUUUGUGUAGCGUGCGUAUAGUGAGUACAGUGCGUUUUGUGUAGUGUGCGUAAAGGCAAUGCAGUGUGUUUGUGUAGUGUGUGUAUGAUGCAGUGUGUGUAUAUAAUAAAUGGAGUGUGUAUUUGUGUAGUGUGUGUAUAAUGCAGAGCGUGUGUGUUUGUAUAGUGUUUGUAUAUAAUGCAGAGUGUGUGUGUAUUUCUGAAGGGAUGUAUUUUGUGUAAAAUUAUUUUAGUUUUAAUAUUUAUGUUUUAUUUUAUUUUUUUGUCCCCCUGCUUGUUACCUGGCAUGUGAGGGGGGCUAUGGCAUUCCCUGGUGGUCCAGUGGCAUGUACUGAGCAGUGGGGGAGCCCACAGAAAGCUGUUACUUUCCUUCCCUUCAGCUCUCUGUGUAAAUCUCGCGGUCUGCGUGGCAACGCAACUGGCGGCCCUGGGACUCGCGAGAAUUAUACAUGGAGCUGCUGGGAGGUAACUAAGCACUUACUUAGCCCCUUAAGGACCAAGCUUCUGGAAUAAAAGGGAAUCAUGACAUGUCACACAUGUCAUGCGUCCUUAAGGGGUUAAGGUCCUAGGAGGUAUUAUCGGCAAUAUAGGUAUCUAUAUUGGCCGAUACCGAUAUUGCCAAAAAUAACGAAUAUCUGCCGAUAAUAUCGUUAAAGCCGAUAAUCGGUCGAUCUCUAGCUCUAUUCCACAGCCAACUCAAUAUUGUAUUAUAAUGUGUAAACAAAAUGUACUUUCUUAAUCUUAUAAAUGCUUAGAAUUUUAUGUUGUGAUUCCAGUUCUAACAUGCUUCAGAAUUAUUCAUGUGAAUGUUUUGUAUACAAUAUUUGAGUAUGGCUUUGUUUUGUUUAACCAGGUCCUACAGUAACAAUUAAGCAAGAAUUUGAUCCUUUACAUCAAAUUAAGCAAGAAGAAACCAGAGGGUAUCCUGAUAUAAGUAAGUUUUUUUAUUUUUUUUAAUAGAUUUAUUUUUUGUGUAAAAAUUAAAUAGCAUUGUGGCAUUUAUAGGUUCUUUUAGGUAUAUCUAUUUUUAUAUGUAUUAUAUAUAGGUAUAUAUAACAAAAGAGAUAUGUGGGAAAGAGACAGCGCUAGUUAACUGACAGGCAGCAACCUUAAAAAGGGAAACCCUCCAAACCCUUUUAAAACAAGACGGAUAAAACAAUAGUAAAAAGGCUGCGCCACAGGAAGGCUAAAAUAAGUUCGAUAAAUGAAAAAGUCCAACUUAAGUGUCCUUGCGAAUAGUCUUUCUCACAAAAAGUGCAGUGUUGAAGUCUUCAUAAACUGUAUUAGUUCCACUUACAUAGAAGACAAAAAAGAGAGAGAGAGGGACGACCAAUAGUGUAGUAUUGUAUAAUUCCAGUGGUGACGUAUUAGAAAAAUAAUAGAUGAGAACUCACAUUUAAUAGAGCUUAUGUCCAGCUCUAGGGUAAAAGCGCAUACAGCGGUAUGAUCCCCGCUUGUAGGAUAUGUCGUGGGUAUCUCUCCGUCAGUGGUGUCCAACUCUCAAAUAAGGAAAAAAGAGACAGCCGAUAGUGCUCACUGUAUAGUAGUCUUAAUAUAGGUAGAUAAAAACGUACUUACAAAAGAGGAGCAGACCAACUGCUCUUAUGUGACAGCAUGGGUGGAUUGAUCCCCACCUCUGGAUUUCUUGGAGUGCAGGAGACUUCCGAAGUGGUUGUUGGUAUAUAAUAGUACAUAGAAUACUAAAAAAUAUACUAAAAAAAUACUAAAAAGCCAGGGUUAAAAAGAAAGAAUAAUGUGUAUAUAAAACUAGAAAAAAAGAAUAAUUGGAACAAAUAAAUGACCAAUAAUUACUUUAAUAUUAAAAUACACAGUAUAAAAUAUCAUAUAUCCAUAACGCGUUUCGUCAAUAGACUUUAUCAAAUGGAAUUCCAUUUGAUAAAGUCUAUUGACGAAACGCGUUAUGGAUAUAUGAUAUUUUAUACUGUGUAUUUUAAUAUUAAAGUAAUUAUUGGUCAUUUAUUUGUUCCAAUUAUUCUUUUUUUCUAGUUUUAUAUUCACAUUAUUCUUUCUUUUUAACCCUGGCUUUUUAGUAUUUUUUUAGUAUAUUUUUUAGUAUUCUAUGUACUAUUAUAUACCAACAACCACUUCGGAAGUCUCCUGCACUCCAAGAAAUCCAGAGGUGGGGAUCAAUCCACCCAUGCUGUCACAUAAGAGCAGUUGGUCUGCUCCUCUUUUGUAAGUACGUUUUUAUCUACCUAUAUUAAGACUACUAUACAGUGAGCACUAUCGGCUGUCUCUUUUUUCCUUAUUUGAGAGUUGGACACCACUGACGGAGAGAUACCCACGACAUAUCCUACAAGCGGGGAUCAUACCGCUGUAUGCGCUUUUACCCUAGAGCUGGACAUAAGCUCUAUUAAAUGUGAGUUCUCAUCUAUUAUUUUUCUAAUACGUCACCACUGGAAUUAUACAAUACUACACUAUUGGUCGUCCCUCUCUCUCUCUUUUUUGUCUUCUAUGUAAGUGGAACUAAUACAGUUUAUGAAGACUUCCACACUGCACUUUUUGUGAUAAAGACUAUUCGCAAGGACACUUAAGUUGGACUUUUUCAUUUAUCGAACUUAUUUUAGCCUUCCUGUGGCGCAGCCUUUUUACUAUUGUUUUAUAUAUAACAAAAACACGGUCCUGCACUCACUCCUCACUUUACUUGCCAAGAUGCUCCUCCAGCUUUUAAACAAUACAUACACUCACAGGUCUUUUUAAUUAGCAAACUGUAUUCACCAAUGUUCCGUAUCUUUACAGUAUCAUCAACGUUUCAAUCCUCAUCUGGACUUUCAUCAAGAUAACUGUAACAAACAUAGGGGAAGCAAAAUAUAGGCACAACCAGCCUAUUUAUUGGUUAACGUUACAGUUAUCCUGAUUAAAGUCCGAUUUAGGAUUGAAACGUUGAUAAUACUCCAAAGUUACUGAACAUUGGUGAAUAACGUUUGCAAAUUAAGACGAUCAUUGAGUGCCCUUCUUCGAGGGGAAAAAAGACUUUGUCUGUGGAGGCUCUCAUGAGAUCACAUGUAGACAUUAGUGUUGUACUCUCACACAUGCUGCCUGAUUUAUUAAAAAAAAUAAAAAUGGAUGUCUGAAUACUCAUAACUUAUAUUUUUCUGCUGAUUACGUUAGUUCCUGUUGUGGUGAAAGAGGAGGAGGGAGAACCCAUGGAAGAAAUAUCAACCACAGUCAGUUCUGCUGCAGGUAAGUGGCUUAAUGUUGUCUAUUCUGUGGAAUGCAUGUCUUAAAAUGGAAAUAUUAAUAUAAAAUCAUUAAUUUGUUCACUCUGCGCUAAAUAACUUAGAAACAUAGAAUGUGACGGCAGAAAAGAACCAUUCGGCUCAUCUAGUCUGCCCAGUUUUCUAAAUACUUUCAUUAGUCCCUGGCCUUAUCUUAUAGUUAGGAUAGCCUUAUGCCUAUCCAACUUCCCAAACAGAUUACAACUAUUCAGGUGUUCAUCUGACUUUAAAGGAACGCUCCAGGCACCAUAAUCACUACAGUAUGCUGCAGUGUUUAUUUAAUUUAUAAAAACCGUGAUGUCAAAGGGUGAGGAUUUUGUUCUAUAUUAUGAAAACCCAACUUUUGUUACAAAUUUCACUUGAAUCUUGGCUUAAUUUCAGUAAAUAUAAUUUGAUCAAAUUGUUGCGAUCACUUUAGAGCCUUACAUUCAAUUCAACCCUACUUACCUAGUAUACCCUGAUAUCCAAAAAUCUGUCAUGUUGAUGUCCUAUUUGUCAGGGGUUAUUCCAUAUGAAACCAACAAAUAUUAUGUAAUUUUUAAAUAAUUUAUUUUUUUAUGUUGUCUUUUUUUUUUUUUAUUGUAUUGUAUAUUGUAGUGCUUUCUAUCACAUUUGCUAAGCAAAAACCUUAAAUUAUCUGCUGAGAUAAAGUCAGUACCUAUUGCAAUGACCAUAACUCUUUUUCUAUAAGAGUUAUACAGCUUCACAUGGUCUUUUUGGAAAGCUUACUGCCUGUUGUUAUGGCUUAUUUAAGGUCUGUGAUUGAGUUGUUGUUACUAUAAGCCUGUGUAAAUCUGAGUACAUGAUCCAGAAAUUUCCACAAAUGUAGAAUGUCAAAAUUAAGAAGGACUUCAUAUAACUACUUUUUCCUGGAUGGUGGUUGUUUGUAUGGCGGAAAAAAAAUCAGCUUGUUCCUCUCAUCAGUCCUUAUAUAAAAGAAAUGCUGGGAAUAAAACAUUUUGAAAAAAAUAAUUUUCAGUGACAAAAUAAAAUGUGGGACCAUUAGGUGGCCUUAGAAAAAAAAAAAAAAAAACCAGCAUCUUUUGUUUUGUUACUCCAAGUGAUGCAAAAGUUACAGGACUUGGCAAAAUGUAAUUUUAUAGAAAUAAUUAUUUUGUACAACCUCUCCUUUUGUUGAUUAAUUUCGUAUAAAUGUAGCCUUUUUGGCUUUUAAAAUGUUAGUUCAAUAAAAAUCCCUUCAUGACAAUUGCCAUACUUUGUACAUCACAGUCACUAAUGUUCUCACAAUGAGGCAGUAAUACAGCAAUGCUGUUUGGCUGGCCAUUCUGCUUAAUGACAACCUUUGUAAACCAAUCACAGUAAUGACAUGCCUUUGCUAUUCGCAAAUCCACUAAAAAUGUGGCUGGGGUGAGGAUUGAUUGGAGUUAGGGUUAUUUGGAAUUAGCAAGAGUUAGGAAUGGCCUCAAAGUGUAUGGUGACGCAGAUAGUGUCAUUUCAGCUAAUAGCUUCUCUAAUAAGCAAGCAAAGAUGCAUGUCAUUAAUUAGACUCUGUAAAUUCCCCCCAAAAAUCCAGUAAAGGUAUGCAUGUGGGAUGUUGCUCCUUUUCUUUCAGUGAAAUAACAUUUUUGGACAUUUUCAUACUGAAUGAAGGUCACUGACUUCCUGUAGGCUAGCCCCAGUGUGCUGCUUCGGGCUAAUGCUAUCCCAUAGUCCAGGCAGUGAUGGAUAGACUGUCAGCCUAUCACAGCUCAUAUAAACCGGUAUUGGGGUGGUUAUAGAAUCUGGAGUGUCCUGUAAAUUCAAUGUGUAAAAAAAAAAACUUGCCAUAUUUGACUGAACUUGGUGAAAUGGUCAAAGUGAAAACCCAAAGUUGUUUUUUUUUUUUUUUUUUUUAUAUAUAUGGAAUGCUAUGAGGGUGUUGAAUGCAGUAGGGUCUACUGAAUCAGUGAAAACUUAAAUUUACAUGUGUAAAAUUUCUUAAUACCAGUGUAGGAUUUUUACAGUAGUUGGACACAUGGUCUUUGAGAUUCCCAAUUAAAAUGAAGUGCGUGUGAAAAACAAAACUGAUUUGGCAGAGCUUGGUGAUAAAAUGGCUAAAUUCAUGGGAUAUCUACUUUCUGCACAUUGUAUACAAUGCCCUCCUAAUAUUGGUACCCUUGGUAAAAAUGAGCUAAGACGACUGUAAAAAAUGUCUUUAUUGGGGGGCGGGGCUUGACCAAGAUGGCGGACGGUCGCAACUUGCAGGAGCUCCCAAGCAAACUACUUGCCCAAGCAUCGAAUCGAGACUCCUGCCGCUCACUAUCUGACCCAAAAAGGGGCUUACCUAUCGCAGACGACGGAUGGAGUGUUCCGGUCCGAAAAACCGGGAUGCCGUCCACCAAAAGCCAUGCAGAGCGGUUGCGGCCUAGCGAGGGCUACGGGCGGGAGAGGCGGCCGAUCUCCUGUCCCCGAUCUCCUCACCCAGCAGGACCACACAGAGCCCCAUUCCCCCCCCUCUGGGCCGGGGGGGACAUCCCGGUCCAUACUCCACUACCUACAGAGUGGAUGGCCCCUAGCCAACGCAUCGGAACCACAGUAUAUAACCAGACGCACAAGAUGGCGGACUCACCCCCUUGCCACAGCCAAGCAAAGCGACUACACACACAAUGCAGACCGGUGUCCCAGGGUGGCCUAGAGGCAAAGCUCGAUGCUAUCCUGAGCGCCUUCUGGGCGAAGCUGGCGGCAAAAACAGCAAGUCCCCAACGGGAACCCCCAGCAAAAGACCAGAGGCAGGCAGCACGGAAGGGCCGCGGAUCACGAAGCGGCAUCCAAAGGUGUCCAGUACCCGCCACUAGUGGCAACCGCCUCCUUGGACCGGGAGCCACCAAGAGAACAGCUCGCCGGCAGCAACCAGGUAAACAGAGCAUGCCACCCACAACUACAAGCCACCAACUAGGGCGAUCAUCGCUGAUGAAGGGGAGGCCCCCACAGUGGCGAUCAAGCAAACGACGAGGUACAGCGACAUGCAAACUGACACAGAGGAAGGUGCAGAGAAUGACCAAAAUUGGACCCCCUGCAACCACCUGGUCUCACUGGCCCCCACAUGAGCUCAUGGCCCUGAGGGACUGCCUAGCAGAUUACCUGCACUUCCCGAUAUCAGGAGUCGGUUGAACAUGGACUGAACAUGCCCUUCCGUGCCUAAGUUACCAGACCCGCUAUACACCAACAGCAGCCACCUUACCUGAUUGGGCAAACUGUUAAGUGCUUUAACCCAUGGUUUUUACCUUGUUCUUUUCUAUAAUCAGAUGACCUAGCUAGCAUCUCAUAUUUUCCACUCUUUGUCGUUUGUAGAGUAUACUUCAUACUUCAGCACCCACCUAAGCUCAGCCUGUAACAUUCAGCUUCUCGCUCACUGACAAUACAGUAGUACUUGCGCACUUACUAAGCUAGUCUUAUAGUGUUUCACUACAAUAUGUUCACCCGUAUUGAGCUGGAUCACACAUACACUUUUAUUGGCUGAAGAGCUAAGGAGUUCCCCAUAUCUGCAGCUCUCGCACACGAUUUAUGUCUCCACUUUAACUCCUCAUACAGAUUCUUAUCCCCAAUAUUAUAAAAUUGUGCAUGUAUAACUUAAUACCCCAAGUGUAACAUGUGAUGUUUGCUUCGAGGAUUGCCGUUGGGGUACCUUGAAAUUGUAUGUUAUAAAUUUUUAUGCACGGCAAAAAAAAAAAAUUAAAAAAAAAAAAAAUGUCUUUAUUGUUUAACUUUAUGUUCAGAAAAUGUACAAAAAUGCUCUGCUCUGAUGGAUAUCAAACAAUUGCAAACACAAUACAGGUUUAUUAAAAAAACAAUAUAAGCUUUGUAAAUAUGUGUGGCACAAUUAUUGGCAACCCUAUGAAUUCAUAUGACAAAAAUAUAUGUGAAGUAUAUUCCCAUUGAUAUUUUACAUUGUUUAGUACACCUGGGUGACUUGGAACAGAAAAUUGUUCAACCAUGACUUCCUGUUUCACAUGGGUAUAAAUAUGAGGUGACAUGGGCCAAAUUCCCGUAGUCAUUCAUCACAAUGGGUGAGACCAAGGAAAAUAGCUGUGAUGUGCGGCAAAAGGUUGUUGAGUUUCGCAAAAUGUGAGUGGCUAUAAGAAAAUAGCAAAAUACCCAUUUCCACCCUUAGGGCAGUAAUUUAGAAGUUCCAGUCUACUGGAAGUGUUAUGAAUCAACCUGGAAGAGGACCUGUGUCUUUAUUGUCUCAACACACUGUGAAGAGGAGUUUUCCAGUGGCCAAAAAAAUCUACAAGGAUCACAGCUGGAGAAUUGCAGAAAUUCGUCUUUGGGUCAGAAGGUCUCCCAAUAUCCUCCUGAGACCCAGCCCAUUAACUUGUCCUCUGCACUGGACAUUCCGUUUACAUGCAUCUCCUUUUAUUCUUUUGAGCUACUAUAUCAAUCCCUGCUGUAUUGUAAAGAGGACACCAUGGGCUUUCCAGUGAUAUGUCAUGUAAUAGACUGGGAUGCUGGGAACUUCCUUUUCCUUUUUAUAAAAAAUGGAUGGCAUAGCAGCAAGCGCAUUUUAUGAAAAGAGGAGAGGUAAGUCAAAUAAUAUUUAUCUUUUGUUGUCUUUACCAUGAUAUUCAUAUACGUUCUUGUUUAUUAACAUGUCAGGAAUUAUAUAUGUUCUGAAAGCAGUUAAAUUAUUUGUGUUUAGAAAUAAUAGCCAUUUUACGGAUGUCAAUUAUAGUGAACGCCAAGGCCAUCUUAAUGACUCAACAUUGUUGUAGGAGACAGAACUGAAGCAAAGAGUAUCUCUGCCAGAUUGUUGAGGGUGAUUCAGAUUUGUAUCUGUCAGAUUAUGAGGAUGAGUUUGAACCUGGGAUAGAAGAUGAUGCAGGAGGCUCAGAUGAGCAGACAAAUACAGACACAGACAGGGAUGAGCAGGAAAGACGGCGUCCUCUGUGGGCCAGAAGUAGCUUGUAUGUUUUAUUUGGUUCCAGGAUAAUAUAUUCAGUUCCAGUAAUUAGCCACUAUUGAUGUUUAUGGUGACAAAAUAAAUUAUAUCUUUACAGUAAAUGGGUUAUUCCAUGUAAUGUAAUACCCAUAAUACAGACAUAUUACUAUGUAUCAUUGAUAUUUAUCAGUGAACCUUGAGGUUUGAUGAUUUCCAAAGUGGUGGUAUGAAAUAUAUGCAAAUUUCCUCCAGAAGGCAAUGUUUGUGCUUGUGAGCAUGGUCAAUAAGGGACCAUAUCACAUCCAUAACACUGGAAUUGUCCCAAUGAUGCACUACUUCCUGACUGCAUUUAAUCCAAAUAGAUGUGCGAGGUUUAUUAUUCCUGUUUCAUUUAUUGUUUUUUUUUCCCCAUUAUAAUACAGUCACACAUGUGAUACCUGGGCUUCCUGACUGUCAAGAUGACCCUACAACCCGUGCAGGUUGGAGUCCAAUUCAGUACUUUUCUCAGUACAUUGACAACAAACUUUUCCAAGAUUUAGCAGCAUUCACAAAUCAAAGAGAGAUGUCAACUAAAAGGAGUGUUUCGGAAUACUACUCCACAAGAAAUUAAGAUCAUCUUUGGCAUAUCCGUCCACAUGGCCUGCUUUGGCUAUCCCAGAAUUAACAUGUUUUGGGCCAAAAAAACAAAGGUGCCUGUCAUAAGCAGCAAACUGGCAAGGUAUAGGUUCUUCAAGCUGAGAAGUUCUCUCAAGAUUGUUGAUGACCUGGAUGUAUCGGAGGAAACAAAGGAGGCAGACAUUUCUUGGAGAGUCAGGCCAUUAGUUGACCGCAUGAGGCAAGGCUGUCUCAGCCUUCCGAAGUCUGAGAAGCUCUGCAUUGAUGAACAAAUUAUCCCUUUCACAGUCCAUUAUCCGGUCAGGCAAUAUGUUCCAUGCAAGCCAAACCCUACUGGCCUAAAGUUCUUUUUCCUUGCUUCUCCAAAUGGUAUGAUGCUAGAUUUUUAACUGUAUCAAGGGAAGAAUGCAUUCAGAGACUAAGCAUUGGGUGUUGCAGCAGCAGCAGUCCUACCCAUGGUUGAAUCUGUUCCCACAGGAACUCACUUAUUCUUCGACCGAUACUUCACAACAAUCGAUCUCUUGGAUGCAUUGCUGGCAAAGGGCCUUCCAGCAACUAAAACCAUAAUGAAGAACUGAGUCCCAAAGCCUUGCUAGCUGCCAGGAGAUAAGCAGUUGCAAAAAGAGGAGAGAGGAGCAUCAGUGUCAGUGGUCAGAAAGAGUCCUGAGCUGGCAAUGUCAAAAUGGUUUGAAAACAAACCAUUGCUGAUGGCUUCCACUGUAUAUGGGAAAGAUCCUGAAGAUAUCUGCACCAUAUGGUCUAACAAAGAAAAAGUCCAUGUCCAAGUGAGAAGACCAGCAGUAAUCAGACAGUACAAUGACAACAUGGGUGGUGUGGACCUAUGUGACCGCAAUCUGAGCUUUUAUCGCAUUUCAAACAUGACCAAGAAAUGGACAUCACAUGUCAUUACUCACUUCUUUGAUGUUGCCAUCACAAACUCCUGGAUCCAAAACAAGUCUGACAGCAAAGCGCUUAACCGACCAGCAAAGAGCACUCAACAGUACCUGGACUUCAAAUUGCACCUGGCUGAAGAACUGUUGGAUAAUCCAGUACUUUAUGACAAUAGUGAAGACCGUGAAGAAGAGUAUGAGCCACCAACCAAAAUGAGGUUUAUCACAAUCAGAUUUAUCUGUGUGUAGAGUAGGAGCCCUGCACAUGCCAGAGUUGGUGGAUGUCAAGCAUGCAGAAAGAUGCAGACAUAAGGGCUGCAAAUGCACGACAUACAUGAGGUGUACCAAAUGCAAGAUGUUUCUCUGCAUUACCAUAAAGAGAAAAUGCUUCCAGGGUUAUCACAGCAAAAAAAAAAAAAAAAUGCUAAAGAAGGAACGAGACUGGUUUAGAUUUGACAAAUAACUAAAUCACAAUAAAAAUAAAUAUAUAUGUUCUAUAUAAACUCUAGGGGACCCAUCAAACGAAUAUAUAACGAGAAUGUGUUCGGUUUAAACCCUCGGUCAGGCACAAUGUGAGUAAGAACAGGAUCGGGCGCAUUGUGCGUAAUAGGCCACUAUUACAAAAACUUUUUACUCAAAUAAAAACAUGUUUAUUAUUCCAUUUGCGCUACAACAUUGGCAAAAGCAAUUUCUGAGCAUUUAUUACAAUAAAAAGUAGCAUGUUCCAUACAUAAUGCACGUUUACACUUGCUGCACUCAUAUCUUGAUAAGCCAUGUCGUCCGCUAUCCGUAGUGCAUGUAAUGCACCAUCUUCUCUUGCUAGGCGUUUCCAAAGUUUCCUCUUUAUUGUCUUUUGCAUUUUCACAAUUACGAAAUCAUUUCAGUUUUGAUUGAAUAUGCAGUGGAAUGCCAAUUGUUUUUUCACUUCUUCUUUGAAGCUCAUCUAACAUAAGUUCGUGAGAAAGCUGCUUCAGAAAUAGACGCCUCUUUAUUGGUUUCAAAUUAUUUCCCAGAUAAAUUAUCUGCUUAUUUAUGCCAGCAACAUUCAACAUGGUGAAGAAUAUAUUCAUAGGCCAACGUUUUAUUGUCCUUGCAUGCUGAAUGUAGCACACAUUUUGUCAACAUUGUCUACUCCUCCCUUUGUGGAAUUGUAAAAUGUAAUUAUCGAUGGUUUCUUUUUCUCGCCUGUUUCUGAAUCAAGAGAUUUAUUGUGAUGAAAGCUGGACACAAGGAUAACAGUUUUGUUCUUCUUUGGUACGUAUGAUACUAAUGUAGUAAAGUGAUUGAAUCCAAAGCUACUUGAAUACACAUCCCUAGAUUUCGUUGUGACAAAUUCAGGUGGCAGCUCUCUUUUGUUUUUCUUUACUCUGCCAACGUAGGAAAGUUUCAACUCUUUCAGUUCUUCCACUAAAUCCAGGGCAGUGAAUCAAUUGUCUGCUGUCAGGUUGCGACCUGAUCCACGUAAUGGUGCAAUCAUUCUCUUCACUACAUCUGUUGGCUUAUUGCUGAAGUCAAAUGGUCCAUCGGGUUGCUUCCCAGCAUAAAUUUCCAAAUUAUAGGUAUAAAACAUUUUAGAGUCAACAAGUGAGUAUAUUUUGAUAUCAUAUUUUGCUGGUUUUGAUGGAAUGUAUUGUUUAAAUGUGCAUCUUCCUCUAAAACCUGCGAGCAUUUCAUCUAUUGUUACAAAUUCGCUAAAAGAGUAACAUUUUUGAAAAUUUUUGUAACAAAUUACUUAAAAAUUUCUGGUAUUGGUGCAAGUUUAUCAAUAAGCUUUUCUUUCAUCUCGGGUAUUUCUAUCGUCAAAUCUUAAACAACCCAUCAAAAAUUUAAAUCAUUUCAGGUUCAUCACCAUACCAAACUUUUCUACCCCAUCACCAUUGGUUCCCCAUAGGUCUUCAAGGCUUUGACGAUUCGCUCUAUAAGCUCCAGCCAAAUAUAAUAUACCUAUGAACGCUUUUAUUUCAAUGUCAUUAGUAAGUUUGGCGUCUCGUUUGCGUCCAUAUUUAUGUUUGAUAAUAUUUAUAUAUUGGUUAGUAUAUUUUACAAUGAUAUCUAGAAUAUCUCCAGUGAAUAAGUAUUUCCAACAGUCAUCUGGAGAUUUCGAUAACUUUGUGGGGCCUAUAACACCUGGUAAGUGCUUCAACAAAUUAUGAGGCGCGGUGCGAUUUUUCUUGUUGGGAAUAUCUUGAUACCUUUUACAGGACUUGUCUUUUCCGAGAAAAUAUGAAGCGUUAUCUGUGCUGUCGUCAAUGCUGAAUUCAUCGUUUUGUUCUGAUUCAGAACUCUCAAUGCGUGCCUCCAUGUUAUUUUCAGUCACGCUAUCAUCGCUUUCAUCUGCAUCUUCAAAAAUAUUUUCUUCAUCCUCUAGCAUUUUCAUCAUAUCUGCUACAUCAUUCGGAUUAUUGAAAUGGAAAAUUUUCUUUGAGUUGUCCAUUUUUAUUUCUACAAAGAAAUAACAAAAAUAGCAUCAUCGGGCGCAAUGUGCCUGAGAGGAACAUCGUGCGUCAUUAUGGAGUUGAACAUUACAACAUUGAAAAACAAUCAGGUAUGGCAUUAAUAUGCUUGAAUUAAUUAGAAAAAUUACUUACCAAUGUAAUUAUAGACAUAUAAUGGUUAUACUGAGACACAAAGUGCUGCGACUCACACACACAACGUUCAAAUGCAUACUGCGCAUUAUAGGUUGCUGCAGAAUGUAAAAACAAGCUACUGAGGCGGCCGGGCGGUAACGAGCGCUCACUUUGGUAGGACAAAACAACAAACAUUGGCUGUGCCUGUUGGAUCAGUUGCGCCUGACCGGAGGUUAAUAGAAGAUAUAGUACCAUCCUUGCAACCAACAAGCAAGUGAAACAAUCCAGAAUGAUAAAUAAUUUAGUUUUUAAAUCCAGUUGAAUGUAUUGCUGGUUUAAUAUCACUCUACAGCCAUAAUCUGUUGUUUUUUGUUUUUUUUUAAGUUUAGCUGUCUUUUCACACUAAAAUGUGGUCCGUAGCGGACAUGCUGUCAAAUUAAAAAGAAAAAUACAUUUUAAAAAAGUCUAAAUUGUAAGAUUUUUUUUUUUUUUAAAUCCCUUUAAAUAGGUAGAAAAUCACAAAAAAAAAAAAAAAAUACAAAUUUUAUAGACAAUUUCUUUUCCUCGGUUCCCAGUAGGAUAUUACAAUCUGACAUUGCCAAAAGUUGUUUUGAAGUGUUUCAAGAAAAAAGCCUCUAAUCUCAUCCAAAAGUAUACUGAAGCGUCUUCAUUUUAGCAGACACUACUGGAACUUCAAAUGGGACUGGGUUCUAUGGUCAGAUGAAACAAAAAUAGAGCUUUUUGGCAAUAAACACCAAAGUGGGUUUGACGCACACAGAGGAAGCCGUGUGGAAGCAUUCCUGCCAUGGCUAUCCCAAUACCCUGACUUCAACCCCAUAGAAAACCUGUGUUGUGCACUGAAGAUUAGAGUCCACCAGCAUUGACCUCGGACUUUGAAGAAUCUAGAAAAAUUCUGUAUGGAGGAAUGGUCUCAGAUCCCUUGCCAUGUAUUCUCCAACCUCUUCAGGCAUUGUAUAAGAAGACUCAGAGCCGUUGCUUUGGCAAAUGGAGCUAGCCCAAAGUACUGAAUAAAAGGGUGCAGAUAAUUGUGCCACACAUAUAUUUAACUAAGAUUUUUUUUUUUUUUCAACCCAUGUUGUGUUUGCUAUCCAUCAGAGCAGAGUAUUUGUGUAUUUUCUUUAACAAAAGAUCAAAAGUUUAAACCACAAAGGCAGUUUUUCACAGCCUUCCUUGCUCAUAUUUAUCAACGGUGCCAAUAUUCGUUUAGGACAAUCUACUUUUGUGUAGAGGUUUUGUACUUUGUGACUACUAUCAAUUGCAUUAUCUCAGCAGACCAACCUUUGCAAUGUUUUACCUUUUAACCCGUAAUUCACUCUUUGCAAUAUUUGCCAUGCAACUUCCAAAAAGUAAUUGAUCCUGGACAUAUGAGACAUUUUAACCAUGAAGACUAAUAAUAAUUUGGUUUGUUGCGCUAGUCGUGUAGAAAUCAUGCAAAACUAUGGGAAAAAAUUUUGAUUGUUUUUUUAAAUAUUCAUAUGUAAUGUUGUUUUAUGCAUACUUAUAUGUAAUCAAAAGAAAGCCCUAACUCUCCUUUCAAAAACAAGUCAUAAUUUGUAUGGGUGAACUUGAAGAGAAAGCUUUACAUUACGGUGGAACAAACACACCGCAAAAUUGCCAAAAAGGCCUCGGCCACAGAUGCACAGAAUUUUGGAAAUGGCUGUUAGGAAGGGAUUAAUAGCUAUAUGUGUAAACGUUCUACGUUUGUUAGCAAGUGCACUUCGCAAUCAGCAGGUUUGUGCGUGUUGCAAUACACAUGCCUAACCUAACGAAGCAUGAAUUUCCAACAGCCAGCAGGCUUGAAUGUGUUUUAUCUCAUUCUUGCCUCUCAGUCAGGAAAAUAGACUGGAUCAUUUAUGAGUGUGACUCCCGCAUGAUAUCUGAUGUCUUCUCUGUUAGGUAUUUUACAUAAAUGGUUUCAAACAGGACUGUAAGACAUAAAGCUAUGAUUAUGGCAGCCUAGAUUGAUGCAGAGAGCUGGCUGGGGAGUUUAAAGAACUCCACUUCCUUCCAGAACUGUGGCUUCCCACGGUUAAUCUUGUAGCAUGACGAAGAUCUCUAUGCAGUACUGUUUUGGGUCCUGAUUUAUCUUACUUUCUUCUUUAGCUAUAGGGUUGCAAUCUGUAUGUCUGAAACUAUGCACGUUUCACUAUAUUAUUAAAAAACAAAACUCCCCCAUGAUAUAGUGUGAUUCUAUGGCUUUGCCCUGUCUUAUCAGAUCUCUGUAUUUUAAAUCAAUACGUUUGUCAUCUUUAUGAUAUAAGGCUAUAAAAAUUACAAAAAUAAGACAAUCAAAACAAAACACAGAAACCUCAAAAUACAUGCUUACUGACAUUGUAUGCACACACCAACAUGCUCGCACUAACAGUGCAUGCACACAGGAACACAAUUAGCCACAUAAAGGCUAUUUAAUGACUUUUUGACAGUUAUCAUAUUACGUGAAGUCCUUCGUACCCACUUUUUACCUGCUUGUGCUUGUGUGUACAUACAUUUUAUUUGUUCAGCCUUCUAUUCUUACUUCACUACAAUUCAGCUGUCUAUAACAAAUGAGAGUAAGUAAAGCAGUGGUACUCCCUGAGUAGUGAGUGAUGUUCAGGGAAAAUUUUGUGCAUUCUGUUCUUGUGUAUCUGUUUGAAAGAUACAAGUAAUUCCACUGAUGAGCAAAAAGGUUUCCUAAUCUUACGUUUAGGGUGCGAGUACUUAAAAUGGACACUAUAGGCACCCAGACCACUUCUGUUAUUGCGCGAGGGAAGGGGACACUAUAGGAUAAUAUAUACAGCUUUGUAUUCCUGGUAUGAUAGUAUCCCUCUAAACACAUAUUUUCCAAGUUAUGAAAAAUCUAAUAGUACAUUUUCAUAAAUGUAAUGAAAAAAUUACAAAGAAAUCUCUUCAUGAGAGAACCCAGCUUUUUGUUUUUUGUGUAAACUGAAAUGUUGACCUAAAUUCAAGUGGAAAAAUAAAUUCUAUUUAAAAACAACUUACAUGUAAUCCGGUGCAGAGGUAGUCUCCUUGCAGCACCUUCUUCUCUUGGUGAGAUCUUGAAGGCUGAUGAUCUCUGGUCCAGUCAGAGGCUUCUGAUAGAGAAGAAUGGUAGACCUAUGACUUGUGCACGGCAAUCACACGUUUUGCAAGCCUGAUGCUUCUCAUAGAGAAGCUUUAGCGUCAUUUGGCAUCAAGCUUUAUAUGAUGAUAGUAAACAUGCUGACCCUGAAAUCGAGGGUGUUUUUUGUACCAAAAACAAAACACUGCAACACACACCACAGCAAUGAGAAAGCAAGUAAUGUUUACUGUUCUCUCUAAGAACACGGCUAUAGUGUCUGUCAGACAGACUGGCAUUAGAUACAUAUGCUCCUUUAUGUUAAGAUUUUUUAUUUAUUUUUUGCCUUCUUUAGGAUUACCUUACUAACAGGUAUAUAUGUUCAACUUGUCUUGUUGCAAUUAUACAUUUGUCAACCUAUGCUGUACAUCACUGCAGAAUAUGUUGGUGCCUUAUAAACAAUAAUAAUAUAAAGAGUUAUACUUGAUGAUAUUUUCCAGCUGUUUAUUUAUCUAUUUAUUUAUUUGUUACUACAGUUAAUAGAUGUUGUAAUCCUUACAUUUGUUGUCAUGUACAGUUUGUUUCUUAUUACAAAAUGGUGCAGGUGAAUGCAAGUUUAUCUACUUCUAUAUUCUUGCGUAUAUGCGUCAAUUUUCCUAGGUUUAUUGCAGUUGUUGAAAUAUAUAGUUGCACUUGGGUGUAUCUGAACACAAGGCUUGUAUUUUAUAAAGUAACAUAUGUCAAAGAGUUAGCUAAAUGUUCAAUUCUAAUUGAAUAUUUUCUAUCGAAUCGUUCAUUGUAUGGAAUAAUCAAUACUUUAAUGUAGGAAAUGUAUGCAAAAUGACCUCCUGUAUGCCAUGAUGUUUAAAGCGGCAUCAUUGACACAUGUCAAGCACCUAAAGACUUCGGUGGAGACUCUUUAUGUUGCAUACCUGUAGCUGUUCAGUAUCACAGUGAAGAGCUUUAUUUAUGUUACUGGGAUCUGAAUCAACACAUUUAAAGCUUAGUUGUUAAAAGAUCACUCCAAACACCAAAAUCACUACAGCCUGCUGUAGUGAUUAUGGUGCCAGUAAUGCUGUGACUCCCUACUUGAGUAAGUAGUCGAACCCUGCUUCCAGAUUCCACUACAAGGCCAAGCAGGGCUGCUCUCAAUGACUGAGAGUGUCAGCCAAUGACCGUGGCCCUGUAUUUUGUCAAUCCUAACUAGGGGGGGACAUCUGGCAGGAGAAGCCAGAUACGGAUUGUGCAACCAGAGGAUCCAGGUAAACUGUCAAACUUAAAUGGUUUGACUUCUUACUCUUGGGCGCCAGGACAAUCCUAAAGCCAUACGCAUUGCAGCAGGCUGCAGUGGUAAUGGUGCUUGGGGUGUUCCAAAAUAUAUAUAUUUUGGGGACAAUGUAAAUGUGUUUUUGGAAUUCGACUUCAUUUCAAAAAAGUCUACAAGCUCUCUGAAACAUCCACACCGAGUUACGACUGAUCUUGCUUUCACACACUUCAAACACUAAAGCUAAUUAAUUUAUUCCAUUUUAAUAUUUUGUACUGCAGUAGUGCCUACAAAGAAAAAAACUAGCAGAAGAGAGGCUGAAGAAGCAAGACUGGUUAGUUGUGUUUUUUUUCUCUCCUGUAUUUAAUAUGUAGAUAAAACAAAAUAUACACAUAGGGAUUUUUGAGUACAAUUUUAUUUGAUUCAGAAUUAAAAACAAAAUAAAUUCUGGCUUCUUUAAAAAUUCUAAUACAUUUGUCUUAAAGUACUGACAAUUGUGAGUCUGUGACAUUCCAUCUUCACUUAACCUAGUAAAAGCCGUUGGAAUGUUUACUGAAAGCACUUCCAUGUUCUUACUGUGACAUUCCUAUUCUAUAAUUUACAGUACAGAAUAUAUUCUCAUUAUGCUCAAUGUAAGAUGGGCAUGUUGAUGCACUCUGAUUCUGUGUGUAUUCAUGACUUCUAUGCAUGGCACUCUGGCAUACGUGCGAUCUCAAUGAUAUGCCAGGCUGUAAUGUCAAUUCAAAGUUUUGAGGAAAAAUAACUACAGAUUUAUGCAAAAUUUAAGAAGUAACCGUUAAUUUCUGUGAAAGGCUUGUCCAGUUUUUCUGCAGGAAAGCCCUCCUCACUCCCCCCGGUUAUGUUAGUCAUCACUUAAAGACAACCAACAUCAUAAGCAUUAGCUGCUAUGCGGAUGCACUGUUUAUGCGCAAGAAGAUUCCUCUGACAUCAGAAGUCAUGCAGGAUCUUUUGUAGAGAACCAUUAUGUUUUUUUGCUAGGAAGUACUCAUAUACUUUCCCCAUAGAAGCUACAAAAACCAUGCAUGGUUACUUUAAUCUGGUAUUCCACCAUUAAGUAUAUCUAUCCUGACUUAUAAUAGUGCACAUAAAACAAGGUAUGUGUUCACAAAUCAAAAAGUGCAAUUAGUGCAAAUAAGAUGUUAGCAGACAGAAAUUUCCCUGUACAAGGUGAAGCUUCCAAAGGUACCCGGAAGACUUCCUCCUGUCUUCCACAAAAUAUAUAUGCAAAAAAUAGGGGAUUAUCUGCUAAACCAAUAAAAAAAAAAAAACAAGACAUAGCAUAUAACUGUGUGGAUAAUGAGCCACAAAUGUUGUAUUCCCAAAUGGCCAAUCGAGUAUGUAAUAAAAAAGCAAUUUAUUCACUUACAUAGGAGUUAAAAACAAUGCGUGUAGUUGCCUAGAAUCACCACCAGGCGUCCUACGCGUUUCGCCCGUGUUAAGGACUUCCUCAGGGACUUUAGCUAUAUUAAAUAAUCCUGAAUGAAUAUAAUUCCCCCUCCCCGGUCCUUGUAUACCGCCCCAAACGUCCAUAAAUGUCCAAUAUUUUGUUUUAGGUGUUUUUCCGGUUUCGUCCGAGCAUUGUGACGUCAUCACACACAGUGUCCGAUGAUGUCAUGCAUCCACGGUCGAAACCCGGAAGUAGCUGGAACUUGCUGUUCGUUUUAGUGUUCUUUACAUAUGACAUGCUCAGUCAAUGUGGAGGAUACAAAAGAGGGGAAUAAGGGACAAAGGGGAAUGGGGGAUUAGGUAUCUCUGAUUGGCACUGAUAAAAUAUAGAGAAAAGUAAUAACAAAGAAAUAUAAAUAACUAAUAAUAAUAAUGAAAAUAAUCACAAAAAUAAAUAAAAUAAAAAUACUGAAAUAAAGAAGAAAUAUGAUAUAAAAAUAAAUAAUAAAGAGAAAAUAAAAUGUAAAAAAUAAUAAAUAAUUAUAUUACGUGCAAUUUAUGUGGAUAGAAUUAAAAUCACAAUGAAUAUAGGAAGGGACAGGGACUUGUGUACAAACUAUUGCACUGUUCCCAUCUAAUGGUUUAAUACAAAGUGCAAGAGAAGAGGCUUAACAUAUAGAAAAGGAAAAAAAUCUUUUAUUUUAGAUAGGGGCAAAUAAAAAAGAACUGACUGACUUAUAAUAGUCCUGGGCUACAAAUAUACUUCAGGUGACCAUUUAAUUUUUUUAAUGCACCUUGUUAUGGGUAUCACCAUAUCAAAAUACACAUAUCUUUAAAUUGAAUAUGACGUGCUCAUAAACAUUUUAUUUUUUUAUUUUUGUUAACAAUUGGUAAACCCAAUUUCUAAAACAUUAUAGCCAGAAUUUUGACUAGAACUGUGUAUUAAAAAGUGAUUGCAACAUACAAAUAGAAAUAAUGUUUAACCAAGGCAUUAGAUACACUCACACAGCAGUUUUCAUAAAUGGGGCAUUUCUAAAACUUAGCCAUGCCACUCAAUUUAUUAUUGGAGGUUUUUAAAAAAAGGAAAAAAUAAAAUAAAAAAUUUAAUAAAACAUUUUAUUUAGUAAUUUAUUUUUACUCUGCGCUCACUACAGAUAGCAUUGUACUUCGAAGAACGUCAUAAACGACCGAUUCCAGAAUAUUUCCUGGACGUUCUUGCGUGGGAUCCAAUAAAAACAGCUGAUGACUGUGUGCCAGCUCCACCAGCAGUCAGAGUUGGGCAUGUACGUUGGUGUACCUGUGGUCUUUGCAUUUCCUUACCAACUGAUGAAGAAUGCAUUUGUUGUCGAGAUAUUAUAAACGUUCGGAAGCUGCUUUUGGAAGACUCCGAGUGUAUAUGUGAAAUUGAAUAUCUAAGAAAAGACUUGGUUUCAAGAGAACAUCUGACUGCACUCUACCGUUAUGGUUUAAGUUUUAGCAAGAAGCGCUUCAAGGCUAUAGAGCGUGAAAGGUGAGUUGCAAAUUUUAUGUAUUAUCAGUUUAAACGUGAAAAUCUUCACCAGGAUAAUCUCAGCUUGUAAUGUACCCUACCAUAACAUUUUCUAGUAAUGUGUUUUGGUUUUUAGUUUUGUCCAGAAAUAAAUUUACGCAUUAUCAUUGUGGGUUUUUUUUCCUACAUUAUUAGUUGCACUAGAAGAAACCUGCCAAUGCAGGAUUAUUUGGUGGUGCUAUCUUAAAUUAAUUUGUAUUGUCAGAAAUUUAAGAGCAGAAACAUGGACAUGUUUGUAAUAGAUGGUCAGUAGUAUAUAACGCAGUCCUCAAUUUUAAUAUUUUUUGACUACACUUAAAAAAAAAAUAUCCUUUAUAAAUGUAUUAAGAUGUCAAAAAAUGUAAUACGUUCAGAAAUGUACCCCAAAAUAUUGCAAGUAUUGAAUUAGAACAGUUUUACAUUCCUUUGUGUGAACUCAACAUGUCUCAUGUUUGUUGUUUUUAUUUUUUAUUCUCUUUAGUGAUUACAGGAUAACUGCCUACAGAGCUUUCACUAUGUGGGUACAUGGCUACAUGGGACGUAAUGUUAAAAGGCGUCCCAUUCCGUCAUGUGUAGUAAGACGAAUACGAGACAACUUUCCAGCACCCGAUAAAAAUUACGUUGGCUUCUGUCCUGUUUCAGCUGAUCCCUAUGCAGCAUAUAUGUGUGAUCUGUAGUUAUCUUUCUAAUAAAAUGUUACAACGAAAUGUUAGACUAUUUUGUCUGUCUUUGUUUCUUUGAACCUUUGUCAACUACAAUUACAAACACCCACAUUCGUAAACAUUGAGAUCAAAUAGUACACUAGAACCAAUGUUUUUCUUUCAGGAAUAAUGUAUAAAAAAAGGUUUAGGUUGCUAUUGAUCUAUAAAACCCCCACCUUUAAAAUACAGGUGUUGUGGGUUGUGUUCCUCAAAUACUUAGCCAUCCAUUUGACAGAGCUUUAUGGGAAAUCCACAGCAAUUGUAGUAGAUACAAAUGUUAGGGUCUAAUUGUUGUCGGUUGAUGAAGUUGCAACAUUUUUUCAAUUGUUGAAUACAUGUUAUGACUUGCUUGUGAUAUCAGUUUACUGGUUUAGACUUGGCACCUUUUAAAUUACACUUUGCAGUCCCAGUACCAUGAAACGUACAAAUGCAUAUUUGAAAUGCUAAAUUUUACAUGUUUUAAAGUUAAGUGUGGCUUGGUUAUAGGGUUGCACCCCACCAGAUAAAAGCUGCAAACCUAUUGUAAUUAUUGAUUUCAAAAAUAAAAUGGUGACAAUAUAACUCGAAGAGUGAAUUUAUUAUGAAAACUGUUUGUAUAUCUCUGUAACCGUUGCAUUAUGCCCACCUUCUCCUCUUUCUCUAGAGUAGGGCUGUCCAACCUCAGGUAAUUCAAGGGCCGCAUGCAGUUAUAGAUUCUUUACAUGCUACCUUAUUAUGGCAUACCUUGGUAGAUAUUAAGUCUGCUUAUAUAGGUGUAGCAGCUAUAGCCAUACAAGAUAAAAUCUAUUUAGUAAAGAAGAAUUGUCGCUUUGGAGAUAAUGGACCAGGGCUGUGGUGGCAUCCCAUGUAAAAAUUGUGGUGAUGGGUGCAGUGUGUGAGUGUGUUGGAUGUUAUAGGGCCUAAAUAUUGUGGAGGGUUGGGAGCCAAUAUGCAUUUAUAGUUUUUAAUUUAAAAAUAAAUAAAUUUUUAUUUAAAACUUUGCCCCUCCUCCCUUUGUCUUACCCUUUUCUCAGGGUGGAGGGACAUUGCAAGCCCUGGUGGUCUUAUGGUAUUCAAUAUCUUUGCCUGCGAUGAUUUAUUAUUGGCAGACAGCCAGGAUUUACAUUGCUAUCUGUGUGCUAUUGGGUAUACCAAGGUCUAUGCUCAUUUUUUUUCCCCUAUCCCGCAUUGUCAGUCUGUUUCUAAAACUGAUGUGUGAUGACACUCAUUCUCAUAUGCUGUGGGAUGUUUGUACUUGGAUACCAGAAGAAGGAUCAUUGUUGGUUCCUUUCUCCUUCAGUCUACUCCUGUCCUAUAUCAGAUUGACCACACAUUUCACAGCUCUUCUCUUCUACAUCCUCACUGUGUCCGGCUCUCUCUCCUUUCCUGGCUGCUAAAAAAGGGAACAUAAUGCAGCUUAUAUGCGAGAAGGAGGUAACACAACUAGUUGACAAGAGAAAGUAAGACCGAAACAUAGAAUGUGACGGCAGAUAAGAACCAUUCGGCCCAUCUAGUCUGCCCAAUUUUCUAACUACUUUCAUUAGUCCCUGGCCUUAUAGUUAGGAUAGCCUUAUGCCUAUCCCACGCAUGCUUAAGCUCCUUUACUGUGUUAACCUCUACCUCUUCAGCUGGAAGGCUAUUCCAUGCAUCCACUACCCUCUCAGUAAAGUAAUAAUUCCGGAUAUUAUUUUUAAACCUUUGCCCCUCUAAUUUAAACUAUGUCCUCUUGUUGUGGUAGUUUUUCUUCUUUUAAAUAUGGUCUCCUCCUUUAUUGUGUUGAUUCCCUUUAUGUAUUUAAAUGUUUCUAUCAAAUCCCCCCUGUCCCGUCUUUCCGCCAAGCUAUACAUAUAUGUUAAGAUCCUUUAACCUUUCCUGGUAAGUUUUAUCCUACAAUCCAUGAACCAGUUUAGUAUCCCUUCUCUGAACUCUCUCUAAAGUAUCAAUAUCCUUCUGAAGAUACGGUCUCCGGUACUGCGUACAAUACUCCAAGUGAGGUCUCACCAGUGUUCUGUACAAUGGCAUGAGCACUUCCUUCUUUCUACUGCUAAUACCUCUCCCUAUACAACCAAGCAUUCUGCUAGCAUUUCCUGUUGCUCUAUUACAUUGUCUGCAACUUUAAAGGGACACUAUACUCAAUCCUCUGCCAUUUAGGAGUUAAAUCCCUUUGUUUAUGAACCCUAGUCACACCUCCCUGCAUGUGACUUGCACAGCCUUCCAUAAACACUUCCUGUAAAGAGAGCCCUAUUUAGGCUUUCUUUAUUAAGUUCUGUUUAUUAAGAUUUUCUUAUCCCCUGCUAUGUUAAUAGCUUGCUAGACCCUGCAAGAGCCUCCUUUAUGUGAUUAAAGUUCAAUUUAGAGAUUGAGAUACAAUUAUUUAAGGUAAAUUACAUCUGUUUGAAAGUGAAACCAGUUUUUUUUUUUCAUGCAGGCUCUGUCAAUCAUUAAGCCAGGGGAGGUGUGGCUUGGGCUGCAUAAACAGAAACAAAGUGAUUUAACUCCUAAAUAACAGUGAAUUGAGCAAUGAAAUUACAGGGGAAUGAUCUGUACACUAAAACUGCUUUAUUUAGCAAAAGUAAUUUAGGUGACUAUAGUGUGCCUUUAAGUCAUCCGUAAUAAUCACCUCUAAAUCCCUUUCCUCAGAUGUUGAGGUUAGGACUCUAUCAAAUAUUCUGUACUCUGCCCUUGGGUUUUUACGUCCGAGAUGCAUUAUCUUGCACUUAUCCACAUUAAAUGUCAGUUUCCACAACUCUGACCAUUUUUCUAGUUUACCUAAAUCAUUUGCCAUUUGGCUUAUCUGUCCUGGAACAUCAACCCUGUUACAUAUCUUAGUAUCAUCAGCAAAAAGACAUACCUUACCAUCAAGACCUUCUGCAAUAUUACUAAUAAAAAUAUUAAAUAGAAUAGAAGAUAUUCUAUAAGAUCUUGGAACAAGGAGGUUGAGUGUUGGAGAGAAGAUCUGAGUGGCUGAGCUGAGGGAAAAAUGCUGAAAGUUUCAGAGAAGAGGGUUGCUAUCUUUGGCACUAGAUUUUAGUGAAUUAUGUAAAAUCGUUUAUGAAUGGAUAGUGAAAAUGGAAUGAAACAUGCUAAGUGAAGUGAGUGUAAUUUUCAUAGUAUCUAACUUAAUGCCCCAACUGCAAUUGUCUUAUCAGACUCUUGCAGGUCUGCCAGAGCCAACAUAUUGAGUACUUUUCACUUAUUUGAUCCAAACAGAUAGACCAACUGUAUUUGUAAAUCCAAUAGUAUACUUUUAUUCAGAAAUUAGGAAAAUUGACGUUAAAUUAUAUUGUGCAAAAUAUAUCUGAGCAGGUUGACAACCUACAAAUAAUAAUAUAGAGAAUGUGAUUAAAUUGGACACUCUGUACAUUAACAGCUUCACCUCAUUGAAGUUGUUAUGGUGUCAUCUGGCACCAUCCUUUCUUUCAGUGUUGAAUUUUUUUUUUUAUGAUUUAACACUAAGCGAGAGUACCAUGCAGCCCAUCUGCUGUGGGCUAAUAAGGAAUCAUUAGCCUGAGUGGCAGUGAUCGGCUUAGAGUUGCAUGAGACCUCUUUCAGCCUAUCAUAAGUGUUUAUUGCUGGUAUGAAUUGGUAUUGCUAAGGAAGAGUGUAAUAUCUGCUUAAGUUGUAUGUCUAGCCUGGUUGUGGGUGGCCAGGGACCCUCAUUAACUGUUAAAGGAGCACUCUAGGGUCAGGAAUACAUGUACAUCUAGCCACCCUGGUCACCUCAUGCCUCCCUAAAUAUAGAAAUCUUACUUGUUUUCAAGUCUGGAGCUGCUUGCAUUGUCACUAUUUCCUUUAGACCUGCCUGCUGACAUCAUCAGAAGCGGUAGCCUGAUCCAAUCACAAUGCUUCCCCAUAGGAUUGGCUGAGACUGACAAAGAAGCAGAUCAGGGGCAGAGCCAGCAUGAUUCAAACACAGCUCUGGCCAAUCCGCAUCUCCUCAUAGAGAUUAAUUGAAUCACUGAAUCUCUAUGAGGAAAGUUCAGUGUCUGCAUGCAGAGGGAGGAUAUACUGAAUGUUUGGAUGCAGUUUAGGCAGCCAUGACCCAGGAAGGAUCUCUAACAGCUAUCUGAGGAGUGACCAGUGAAGUUAUCACUAGGCUAUAAUGUAAACACUGCAUUUUCUCUGAAAAAACUGUGUUUACAGCAAAAAGCCUGAAGGUAAUGAUUCUACUCACCAGAACAAAUUCAAUAAGCUGUAGUUGUUCUGGUGACUUUAUUGUCCCUUUAAAUUGCUCAAAAAUGGUUUACACUUAAUGAAUUAGCAGCACUAGGAAGGCAUUAUAACUAAUUAUGUAAAUAAAAUGAAAUUGUUAUACUGGACUCCAGUGUAAAAAUAUCUCAAAGACGAGCCAGAGAAACUGGACGCAUCUGAGCUAAAUUGAAAGUGUCAUAGCAAAGGGUCUAAAUACUUGUAGUCAAUGUGAUUUAUCUAUUUUUUCAAUACACUUGCAAAGUUUUGAAAAAUGGGAUUUCCUUUAUUAUUAUGGGGUAUUCAGUGUAGAUGGAUGUGACUUAAAAAAAUAUUAAAAAAUUGUACCAUAUAUGCAAGAUAAAAGAAAAUUAAAGGUGUCUGAACACGUUAUGAAUGCACUAACUGUAAAUUUACAUCAUUGGCCUUAAGCCGUUUUGUAGAUAAUGUAUAUGUCCUCAUAAAAACAGUUGAGACUAGGUAAUGAAUCAAUGAAGUCCCAUAUGUCUCCUCAAAUGGAGUAAGUUCUGUAUCAAUAAGCCUUCAUUUGUGGAGAAGCACAUCAACCUAGUAACUUAAUAUCUGCUGCCUUAUCCACUGAGAGAGAUACUUUCUUUGUGUUUGGAACACCAGAGGAUAUUUCUAUUAAGAGUGACUUGCAGUUAUUUACUCAUUUUAGUCAGUCUUUGCAGUGCCUCCAUAAUACCUUGCCAUUUGUGUAUAGUUUAUUUUUUUGGUUUUAUACCAGACAUGGCUGUUUUUUAUGUAUCAAAGUACAGGAUUAACUGGAAACCCCUACAUACAUAUGUAAUCCAGAAUGAAAAGAAAAAGGUGAUAUAAGUCUUAAUUCCAAGCCUUGCAGAUGCCUCCAUGUAACAGUGGGGUUAUUCAAAGGAAGAGAUGUUUAAAGAAAAAAAAAGUUCUCUAAAAAUAAACAUUGAACAAUAAUGCUUGUCAGAGAGGUGUAAAGAAGGUCCAUUUGUGGUGAUGUAGUGCCAAUACGGUGCUUUAUGUGAAGAUUUAAAGAGAGAAAGACAAAAGAGUGGGAGGAAACAUUUCCCAAAUUUGAAAUGUCUAUACAGUCCAAUAUAGGUACCAAGAGGGUACUGGAGUGCCAGAAAGUGGGAAAAGGAGAUAAAAAAAAUACAUUGGUACGUCUACUUUGCGCUUGAGUGUUGUUCUUAUCCCUACAAGGUUCCAGCACAUUUUGGUCACCUUAAUAUCAAAGUGUGUUUCGAUGAGCACUGAGAUGUUUACAUAGCAGUACCCAGUGGUCCUCUGAAUUGAAGGUAUCAGACCCCAAGUCAGACAAGUGCAUGGAGAGAUGCAUAGAUAGCUUUCAAAUACCCUCAUACAUUUCAUUAAAAAAAAAUCUGUUUAACAUUGGUCUGGUAGGAAGUGCACUUACAAAUCAGCAGGUUUGCACUUGUUGCAGUCAAUUUGCCUUCCCCACGAAGCAUACAUUUCCAAGAGUCAGCAGGCUUGAAUGUAUUAUAUCUCAUACUUGGCUUGCAGUCUGAGAUAGACAUGGCAAUCAGAGCAGACUCUCGAUUGACCUCUGAUUUCUUCUCUGUUUGGCAUUUUACAUAAAUUGUGUCAAACAGUGCUGUAAAAGAUAAAUCCCAUGUGCCUAUGAAUCUGACGGCCUAAAUGGUUGCAGAGUUUCAACAAACUCCACAACCAUCCAGAACUGUGGCCUUCCAAGAGUUAAUCUUGUAACAUGGUGAAGAUAUCUACACAGCAUAACGCCUUCAGUACAGCCUUAAACCCUGUAGAACUGGUUGGCUGUAUAGUGCAUUCACAGAAACGACUGUUUGAGAUGUUAUCCUCAUUUAACUCACUUUUUCCUUUAGCUACAAUAUUGCAACCACUAUGGCUGAAACUAUUCACGUUUUGUUAUAUUAUUAAAUAAAACUCACUUCUAUGAUACUGUGUGAUUCUACGUCUAAGCCCUGUCUCAUCAGAGCUCUUAUUUUAAGUCAGUACGUUUGUCAUGUUUAGCAUACGAGGCUAAAAAAAAAAAAAAACUAACACAAACAUCAAAAUCCAUACUGAUAUUGUGUUCACACAUCAACAUACACGUACUGCCAGUGCAUGCGCACAGGAACACAAACAUGCAAAUAUAAAGGAGCAUCAUUUAUCACAUUACAUAAAGUAAUUGUUACGUGUGUGUGUUUAUAAAUUGUAUCUGUUCGGCCUUCCAUUCCUACUUCACUUUACAAUUCAGCCCUUCAUGACAUAUUAGUUUGACAUCCGAGUUCUAAGAUAUUCCUUUUAAGUUUGUGAGUAAGACAAUGGUACCUCAUGAGUAGUUAGUGAUGUUCAGUGAAAUUUUGUACAUUCUGUACAUGUGAGUCUGUGUGAAGGAUAAGUAAUUUUACUCAAGAUCAGCCAUUUUUCCUAGUCUUAAGAUCAGGGUGUGAAUACUUAGAACACUUUUACACAUAUCAUGGUGAAAAUAAGAGAGAAAUAUUUUCACAUUUAUGAAAAAUCUUAUUUUAAUCCUUACAAAAUCUACAAUUAACUACAACGUACUCUCUCCAUGAUAUAUCCCUUGUAUUUAGUCGAAGCAGUUCUUCGUAUGGCGAGUUUUUGUGUAAACCGAAACGUUGACCUAAAAUAAGGGGAACAAAUUAAACAAGGACUUGCAUAUAAUCCAGUGCGGAGGUUGUCUGCUUGCAGCAGUUGCUUCUCUUGGUGAGAUAAUCAGGACUGAUGAUCUCUGGUCCAGUCAGAUGUUUCUCCAAGAGAAGUUUUGUAGAAAUAUGACUCGAGCACGGCAAUUGAUGCAUUUUGCUAGUCUGAUACUUCUCAUAUAGAACCAUUAGUGGCAUUUGGUAUCAUCACAUUUUUCAUGAAGACCGUGAACAUGAAAUGUGUUUUUUGUACCAACAUUUCUCUGAGAACAUGGCUAUAGUGUCUGUCAGAUAGACAGACAGCCAUUAGACGACCAUGCUCCUUUUUGUUUAGUUUUUUGCCUUCUUUUGGAUCAACAGUAUUAACUAAUAUAUAUCCAACUUGUCUCAUUGCAAGUAUGUUGUACAACACUGCAGAAUAUCAUGGCACUUAAUAAACAAUAAUAAUAUGAAUGGAUAUAUUUUCAAUCACUAUUUAUUUGUUACAACUGUUAAUAUAAUUGCAAGUGUCCACUACUAUGUUCAUUAUAUACACAAUUAUUUUUAUGAAAUCUUUUUGUGUAUUUACAUACUUCAGCAUGUAUGCUUCUGUAUACCUAUAUUUAUUGCGGUGUGUGGUAUAUAUAAUUGCUAGGGUUGCUAUGAUCACUUUAUAUAUGUCAAGCAGCUUUUUUUUGUUUUUAUUGUGCCUAUCUAAUAUAUUAUUGUACGGAAUUAUUAAGACCUUAAAUAUAGGAAAUACAUGUAAAGUCUCCUCCUGUCUUGGUGUUGAAAGCAACUUUGUCUGCCAUGUGACAAGCACCCAUAGUUUUUGGGGGAGACUCUUCAUGUUGCAUACCUGUAGCAGUUUAGCAUCACAAUGAAGAGCUUUAUUCAUAUGAUUGGGAUCUGGAUCAACACAUUUGCAGCUUACUUAUUAAAGGAGCACAGGAAAAGCCAUAACCACAAUAGGCUUUUGUAGCGGUGCCAUAAGUCGUCAAACUGUUAAAGAACAGUUUGGUAACUUACCUGGGUCACCCUGGUGCCUGCUUCUGGAUUCCACUGCAAGGCUCAACAAGGCUGCUUAUAUAUGCACCCCAUUGGACCCAAGUAGCCUGUCAAAUCGUUCUUAGUCUGGUAGGGUGCCACGGUACUCCUGACAGCAUUAUCACUACAGCAGGCUGUCAUUCAUUUAAAAUAAUAUAUAUAUUGUGGAGAGAACGUUGUUUUUCAAAGCAGAUGUAAAACAAUACAUAAAGUGCUAAUUGUCCAUAAAAGUGCAGCUGCUAUUACCUCGUGUUCCGUCACUCCACGCAACACAGAUGCAGUGUACAAAAUUCAAAUAAUGUGUGAGAGUGCAUAAUACAUAAAAGAUAUAUGCUACCACUUUUUAAAGCUUGAUUAGAGUCUGAAAUAAAUAAAAAAAUAGACCAUGGUGUAGUAUAUUAAACAUUCAUCAAUAAAACCAUGUAAAAGUGUCGUUAUUAAACUUGCUUGCUGCUGAACCAAAUGUAGUAGUCUAAGACUUUUAUAUAAAUAGCAAAAAUAAAAUGACAACAUAAAGACCAUUGAUAAAGAUCAUCCAAGGAUCGAAACGCAUUGGUGCUUUGUGUCUUUUUAUCUUGUCGUUUUAUUUUGCUUUUUAUCUAAAAGUCUAAGCCUUCUACAUUUGGCUCAGAUGCAUGUGAGUUGGAUAACCACACAUAUUUUUAAUUUAUAUUUCAAACUGUAAUCAAGCUUUUAAAAGGUUGUAUAAAGCUUUGCAUGCUACUUUACCGACAAGAUUGAACAGCUAAGGAAACAAUUCUCCCCUCCUUGUCGUUCUCUUUCUCAACCACACGUAAAUAAUGCUUUCCCUACCCUCCAGACUUUCAACCCGGCUACUGAACAAGAGGUGGCUGCACUCCAUUCCUCUCGCCCCACCACUUGCCCGCUCGAUCCUGUCCCAUCUCACCUCAUUAGAUCUCUCUCCCUUUGUCUUGUGCCUACCCUAACACACAUCUUUAGAUGCUCUCUCUUCUGGCACUCUUCCUGCUGACCUUAAACAUGCCACUGUAGUACCUAUCCUGAAAAAAACAUCUCUUGACCCAUCCUCCCCCUCUAACUAUCGUCCCAUAUCCCUGCUCCCUUUCUCAUCAAAACUUUUGGAAAGACUUGUCUUUACCCGUGUGUCUCACUUCCUUAAUUCCAACUCUCUCCUUGACCCUCUUCAGUCUGGCUUCCGCCCUCUCCACUCUACUGAGACUGCUCUUAUCAAAGUUACUAAUGACCUAAUCUCCGCUAAAUCCAAAGGUCACUACUCAAUAUUAAUUCUCCUUGACCUCUCUGCUGCCUUUGACACCGAUGAUCAUGCUCUCCUCCUUCAAACUCUUCAAUCGCUCGGUCUCUGUGACUCUGUCCUCUCUUGGUUUUCCUCCUAUCUCUCCCAACGCUCAUUCAGUGUCUCCUUUUCCAAGGAUACCUCCUCCGCUCAUCCUGUCUCGGUUUGAGUUCCCAAAGGCUCUGUCCUUGGUCCCCUUCUAUUUUCUCGUUAUACUGCCUCUCUUGGUAAACGUAUUACCUCUUUUGGAUUCCACUACCACCUGUACGCUGAUGACACUCAGAUAUACCUCUCCUACCCAGACCUCUCCCCUGCCGUCCUGCAACGUGUCACUGCUUGCCUUUCGUCCAUCUCUGACUGGAUGUCCUCACGCUUUCUGAAACUCAAUCUCUCUAAAACUGAACUCCUCGUCUGUCCUCCUCCUAAUACUGAUCCUCCUAUCUCGCUCUCCCUUCAAGUCAGUGAUACCCACAUAAGUCCAUCCCUGCAAGCGCGCUGUCUUGGCGUCAUACUUGACUCUGGUCUCACCUUUGAGUCUCACAUCCAGGUUUCAACUCAAAAACAUAGCCCGCAUCCGCCCCUUUCUUACACAAGAUGCUAACAAGGAGCUUGUCCAUGCUCUAUUAAUUUCCCGCAUGGAUUACUGUAACCCUCUCCUGAUUGGUCUCCCCAAAAGCCGUAUUGCCCCGCUACAGUCUGUAAUGAAUGCUGCAGCUAGACUGAUUUUUCUCUCUAGUCGGUCCUCUCACACCUCACCACUCUGCCAGUCCUUACAUUGGCUCUCUGUAUCCUAUAGGAGUCAAUUCAAUGUGCUAACCCAUACAUUUAAAGCACUGAACAAUUCUAGCCCCUCAUAUCUCUUCACUGAUCCAUAGGUAUGCCCCUCCUCGCUCCCUCCGCUCUGCCUGUGACCACCUCCUGACCGCUGCUCGCACCCGUACGGCCAACUCGCGCUUGCAGGACCUCUCGCGGGUGGCUCCUUUCCUACGGAAUAGCCUGCCUACUGCCAUCACACUCCCCCAUAGUCUUCAAUCAUUUAAGAAGGGCCUUAAAACCCAUUUCUUCAGGAAAGCUUAUGGCCUCCCAGAGUAAUCUCUACCUUACAUACCUGUCUCUUGCUCUCUCCUAUAGGACAGUGCUUUACUCUCUCCUCCAGCUCUGCUUCACUCCCACCCUAUUUGAUAUUUCCUGUCCUAACCUCCUAUAGUCUGUAAGCUCGUUUGAGCAGGGUUCUCUUCAACCUAUUGUUCCUGUAAGUUUUCUUGUAUUUGUCCUAUUUAUAGUUACAUCCCCCCUCUCAUAAUAUUGUAAAGCGCUACAGAAUCUGUUGGCGCUAUAUAAAUGGCAAUAAUAAUAAUAUAUUUUAUGUAUUGUGUGCUCUCGCUCAUUACUUGAAGUUAAUUUUUCCAAGCAGUCUACAAACUUCCACCCGAUCUUUCUUUCAUCCUUUCUGUGCCGAACAUGUAUUUCACACACAUUGAGCUAAUUAUUUUAUUUAAUUUUAAUAUUUUGUACUGCAGUAAUGGCUACAAACAGAAAAUCUCCUCCCAGAAAAUCGGAGUCUGAAGAAAUGAGACGACUGGUUAGUUUUUGUUUGGUUUUUCCAUUUUAUUUCUUAAUUUAGUAUGUAGAUACAGUAACAUAUACAUACAGUAAUUAUUGAGUAAAGCUUUACUUGAUUUGGAAUAAAUAAAUUCCAGUUUAAAGACAAAAUUGUCUUGAAGUAGAACUGACACUGAGUUGGUGAAAUUCCAUCUUAACUUAGUUAUACUAUGCUUUAGUGGAGGGAAUAUAUAAAUCACAUUUCUGCAGAACUCCCAUGUUCUGUCUGUGACAUUCCUAUUAUGUAAGUUAUAGCACAAUAUAUUCUUAUAAUCUUCUAUGCAUUCUUUUUCUCUGAUGCUAAAUGUAUUCAUGACUUUUAUGCAUGGCACUCUGGCACAACCGUGAAUAAAUUUACAUGAUAUGCCAGGCUGAGAUGUCAUUUCAAAUUUUUGAGAAAAAAUUACCCCCCGCCCAGCUUAUGUACCUCAUCAGUUAAAGACAACCAACGUCAUAGGCAUUAGCUGCGAUGGGGAUGCAUUUCACAUGCACAAGAAGAUUUCUCUGACAGCAGAAGUCAUACAGGAUCUUUUGUAGAGAACCAUUAUGUAUUUUUACAGUAAGAGAUUGUUGUCAGAGUUCUGACUAGAACUGUGUAUUAAAACAACAUACAAAUAAAAAUACUGUCAGCCAAGGUUUUAUAUACGCUCACACAGCAGUUUACAUAACAAAAGUUAGGCAUCCUAAAAAGAUUUAUAUGCAGUUGUGCCACUCAAUUUGUUAUUGAACGUUUUUUUUUUUUUUUUGUGUGUGUUUUUUUGUUGUUAAUAAAUGUAAAAAAUCUAUAAAGCGUUUUACUUUGUAAUUUAUUUUUACUUUGCGCUCACUACAGCGAGCAAUUCUGGACCAUGAACGUCAUAAUCGACCAAUUCCAGAAUAUUUCCUGGACAUGCUUGCGUGGGACCCAAUAAAGCCAUUAGUUGACGACUCCGUGCCAGUUCCACCACCAGUCAGAGUGGGACAUGUACGCUGGUGUACCUGUGGUCUCUGCAUUUCCUUACCAACGGAUGAAGAAUGCAUUUGUUGUCGAGAUAUUGUAAACGUUCGGAAGCUGCUUUUGGAAGACUCCGAGUGUAUAUGUGAAAUUGAAUAUCUAAGGAAAGACUUGGUUUCCAAAGAACAUCUUACAGCACUCUACCGUUAUGGCUUAAGUUUUAGCAAGAAGCGCUUCAAGGGUGUAGAGCGUGAAAGGUGAGUUGCCGUUGAAUGUAUUAUUAGUUUAAACGAGAAAAUCUGUAGUAAUAGCAUUACCAGGAUCAUUUUAUCUUGUAAUAUACCCUACCAUAACAUUUUCUAGUAAUGUGUUUUGUUUUUGUUUGUCCAGAAAUACAUUUGUAUUCUAUCGAAGUGUUUUUGUUUAUGCAUUUAAAAGGCCUUUUUCAUUGGGGGUGUAUCUAAAAAUAGCUUGCAAAACCUGCUAUCUCUUAUCCAAAGCCUUUGUCCAUCCAAUUACAACUCAAUUAGAAGUCUUUGCGAGGCAGGUGCUCUGGGCAGGCAGGAAGUAACAGGACCAGUUGUCUGAUUGACACCGGGCAGGUGGGGUGUAAUAAGGUUAAUGUAUAAAAGUGCAGACGUCUAUUGAAAUAUGCACUUUUAGUAAAUGAUAAAGAAAAAUCUGAAGUGCUGGAGUAAUUUACAUGUGUGGACUGUCCUUUUACGUAGUACUAGAAGAAUAUUGAAAAUGUAGGAUUAUUUGUUUUUUUUAUCUUUAAUUUGAAUUGACAGACAUUUAAGCGAGGGAACAUGGGUAUGUUUGUAUUGAAGCAGAUAAUAAGUCUUAAACUUUUAGAUUCUUUUAAUAGAACUUUAAGCAAUUAUGUGGGACGGCCAAGUAUGGGCACUGUAAUCGUAACAACUGGAUGGUCAAAGUACAAACCUGUGGUUCAACCAGUCCUAUGAGUUAGAAUUGGAUGCAUUCUCAAUGAUGACAAAAUAUUACAACAUUUCUCAUGUUUGUGUUUUUUGUUUUCUUUUCUCUUUAGUGAUUACAGGAUAACAGCCUACAGAGCUUUUACUAUGUGGGUACAUGGCUACAUGGGACGUAAUACUAAGAGACGCCCUAUUCCGUCAUGUGUAGUGAGACGAAUACGUGACAACUUUCCAGCGCCUGAUAAAGAUUUUUUUUGUGUCCGUCCUGUUUCAAGUGAUCCCUAUGCAGCAGAUAUGUGUGAUAUGUGGUAAUUCUUGUAAUAAAAAUGUUACAAAGACUUGUUAAAUAUUUUUUUGUCUUUCUUUGUUUUCUUUUUUUUUUAACCUUUGUCAAUUACCAUUGAAAACACCCACAUUUUGUUAACAUUGGGAACAAAUAGUGCACUAGAACAAAUGUUUUUCUUUCAGGAAUAAUGAAUAAACAAAGUUUAGAUUGCUAUUGAUCUGUGUUACCUCCACCUUUAAAAUACAGGUGGUGUGGGUGAUGUUCCUCAAAUGCUUAAUCGUCCAUUUGUCAGAGCAUUAUGGGUAAUAAAGUCCACAGCAGUUGUAGUAGAUGCAAAUGUUAGGGUCUAGUUGUUGUAGGCUUAUGAAUUUGCGAAAUUUGUCCAGUUGUUGAAUAUAUAUGUUAUGUGUUUUUUGUGAAAUAAAUUUACUGGUUUAGACUUGGCACCUUUCAAAUUACAAUUUGCAGUCCCAGUGCCAUGAAUCGUACGAAUGCAUAUUUGGAAUGCUAAGUGUUACAUGUUUCAAAGUUAGGGGUGGCUUGGUCAUAGAGUAGCACCCCAUCAGAUUAGUGUUGCACAUCUAAUGUAAUUAUUGUUUUACAAAUAAAAUGGUGACAAUAUGACUCGAAGAGUGAAUUCAUUUUAUUAUGAAAACUGUUUGUAUCUGUCUCUGUAACAGUUGCAUUAUCGGCAGCUCCCCCUCUUUCUCUAGAGCACACACUGCCCUAGCUAUUAACAAUGAUUUAUUACUAUUAUUUUUUUUUUCUUCUUAAUAAAAACACCCACGCUGAAUAUAGAGAUCUAACACAUUUUCAGUCUGUUCCUAAAACUGAUGUGUGAUGUCACUUAUUCUCUUAUGUUGUGGGAUGUAUGUCAUACAUCAGAUUGACCGCACAUGUCACUAACUGACAAGAGAAAGUAAGUUAAUAUCUAAGAUCUGGGGACAGUGAGGCUGAGUGUUGGACAGAAGGGUUGAGAGGCUGAGUUGGGGAGUAAAAGUGUGUGAGAAGAGUUUGGGCUAAUUUUGGCACGGUAGGUAUUAGUGAACUAUAUAAGCGGGAUUUGAAUGGGUGGUUGAUAUCAAAUUACAUUAUUCGAAUGGAAUGAAACAUGUCAAGUGCUGAGUGAGCCUAAUUUUCAGAGUAUCUGUCUUAGUGCACCAGGUGCAAAUGCAUUAUUAGGCUCUUGUAGAGCUGCAGGGGCCACCAUAUUUACCUGAGUACAUUUCUCUUCUUUGAUCCAGACAGACCAACCCAAUUUGGAAAUCUAAUGGUAUUGCCUCUAUUUACAAAUGAGGAAAACUAACGUUAAAUGGAAUUGUGCAAAAUAUAUGAGAAGUCACCGGUAACUCCAAGCUCCAUGACCACUUCAGUGAUUUGUAGUGGUCCUGGAGGCUGUAUGUGCAGCGUUUUGCCUCGAAAUGUUGCACAGUGACAUUUUAUUGAAUAAGAAUCGUUCUGGGUGCCAACAGAGUCCCUUUAAAGUUUAGUUUGUUAUAAUGUGAUUCAAGUCCUUAAGCAGUUGUAUUAUUGCAUAUGUACAGGAAAUGGAAACACAAACUAUUGAAUGCAAAAUUAGAAAGAAAACAAUUUUACUAGGUUUACAUCAAAACAGUGAACACUGAGAAAAGAAUAAAUCACGUUUCACAUGUUUCUUCAAAUGGAGCAUGUUCUAUAUCAGUAAGCCUUCAUUUGUGGUGAAGCACAUCAGACUAAUAACUUGUCCAGUGGGGAUGAGGGAACAUUUUCAUAGCAUUUGGAACAUCAGAAGAUAUUUAUUUUAAAAGAGUGAGAUGCAUGUAUUUACUCACAGUAGUCCUUACCGUGCUUCCAUAAUACCAUACUGUUUGUGUUUGUUUUUCAUUUUAUACCAGAACUUUAACCCCUUAAAGGACCACUAUAGUGCCAGGAAAACAUACUUGUUUUCCUGGCACUAUAGUACCCUGUGGGUGCCCCCACCCUCAGGGACCCCCUCCCGUCCGGCUCUGGAAGGGGGAAAGGGGUUAAAACUUACCUUUUUCCAGCGCUGGGCGGAGAGCUGUCCUCCUCCGAUCCUCCUUCCCUCCUCCCCGUCGGCUGAAAGCUUUCCUAUGGACGCUGGCGUGCUCUCACUGUGAAAAUCACAGUGAGAAGCACGCAAGCGCCUCUAGUGGCUGUCAGUGAGACAGCCGCUAGAGGGAAUGGGGGAAGGCUUAACCCAUUCAUAAACUGCUAUGUUUAUAAAAAAAUGGGUUAACCCUAGCUGGACCAGGCACCCAGACCACUUCAUUAAGCUGAAGUGGUCUGGGUGCCUAGAGUGGUCCUUUAAGAAUACAACUUCUGGAAUAAAAUGGAAUCAUGAUGGAAUAUUUCCGUCAUGUGUCCUUAAGUGGUUAACAUAUACACAGGUGUAUUUUUUUUUACACGUCAUUAUUCAUUUUAAUCGAAGUACAAGAUGAACAGAAAAUCUAUCAUAAAUAACAUUAACAUGAAGAAUAAUAUAGUCAGGAAGAAGGAUAUGGUGAAAUACAGAUAUAACCAUGUAAUAGUAAGGUAAUUAAAAUAAUAGGUUUCAAAACAUGUAUCUGAAAAGAAAUGUUGAGCAAUAAUGGUUCCCCAAGAGCUGUGAAGGUCUAUUGGCGGUGAUUUAAUGCCAAUUAGGGGCUUAACGUGACGGGUUUAAUGAAAGAAAGACACAUGAUUAGGAGGAAGCAUUUCCCACAAUGGGAGAUUUAAAUCUUCUAUACAGUCCAAAAUAUGAACCACGUUCGAGAGAGUUGGGGUUGGGGUACCAUGAUGAAAGGGGAGAGGGUAUGAGAAGGAAAAGUGGGGGAGAAGGGUGUAUUUUUUUUUUUUUUUUUUUAAAGUCACUUAAAAUAAAUAACAAUAGAUACUUUGUACUUGAGUGUUCUCCUCAACUCUACAAGGUGCCAACAGGUUUUGUUCCCCUAAUAACAAAGUGUGUUCUAAUUAGCACUGAGAUAUUUACAUGACAUUGUCUGGUGGUCAUCACGUAUCAAUCCCCAAAAGGAAUAAAUCUGAAUAAUGCAUGGAGGCGCUCUCAUAUUGCUUUUAAGUACUCUCAUACAUAGAAGAGCUAGUGUAAAACUUAUUAAUAUUUUCUUAAAAGCAGGUACAAAUAGGGUAUAGAAACAUGUAAGGAAUUGUGUGUUUAGGGCAUACCUCUCAACACCAAGGGACACAAAGUGUGGUGUGCAGUUGCAUCACUGGUGAUGCUCAAAGGGGGAUAGUCCUACUUAGGGCAGAACAUGUGCAGUUAAAGAGCUUUGUCCAUCGGCUCAAUGCCGUCAGUGCAGUUUGCACUAUGCUUUAUGGGGACCUAGUCUCUUGUGUUUCCAGAUACAGGACACCAGAGGACAAGCCUGGGAUUGAACUCCACAAUCAGGACCAUCCUGGCGUACCCUGUUAUGUUGGAGGUUAUUGCUUAUGGCUACAUUGUGCUAUCAAACAUAUGCCUUUUAAUUGUGUUGAAAGUCUGUUUUCUGAUGGCGCAUCAAAGACUAUGAUAAUUUGGUUUAUUGCUAUGUCAUCUCUUCUCUCUCACUGCCUAAAAAUAUAUAUAAUUGUUUUCUGUGCAGCAUUAUGCACACAUACUCAAUAGGGGUUUGCCCUUUUUGCAAACUGUGUAACAAAAUGAGACGUGUCAACCUGCUUGCAGCCAACUUUAUUCUGUAACUGAAGAAUGACGUAAUUGCAGUCAAUUAUAAUAGCGGUGUGCUUUUGCUAUACUGCCUGGCUGUCUCCAGUAUCCUCAGGACAACAAAAAAAAAUGUUGUUGUUUUUUUAAAUCCAUAAAACUAUAGCAUGAUGGUGGCAGACUGAGUCGGACUUUGGUUGAGUGUUUUGUAAGUGACUGUGAAUAACUUGUCCAAGUCUUGCUGUCAGUGAAGGUAAUUAAAGGACCACUAUAGUGCCAGGAAAACAUACUCGUUUUCCUGGCACUAUAGUGCCCUGAGGAUGCCCCCACCCUCAGGGUCCCCCUCCCGCCUGGCUCUGGGGAGAGGAAAGGGUUAAAACUCACCUUUAUUCCAGUGCCGGCAGGGAGCUCUCCGCCUCCUCUCCUCCCUUUCGGCUGAAUGCGCACGCGCGGCAAGAGCUGCGCGCGCAUUCAGCCGGUCUCAUAGGAAAGCAUUCAUAAUGCUUUCCUAUGGACGCUUGCGUGUUCUCACUGUAAUUUUCACAGUGAGAAUCACGCAAGCACCUCUAGUGGCUGUCAAUGAGACCGCCACUAGAGGAUUUGGAGGCUGGAUUAACCAUAACAUAAACAUAGCAGUUUCUCUGAAACUGCUAUGUUUAUUUUAAAAAGGGUUAAUCCUAGAGGGACCUGGCACCCAGACCACUUCAUUAAGCUGAAGUGGUCUGGGUGCCUAGAGUGGUCCUUUAACCCCUUAAGUACCAAACCUCUGGAAUAAAAGGGAAUCAUGACAUGUCACACAUGUCAUGUGUCCUUAAGGGGUUAAAGGUUUAUCAGUUAAUGUCCUUGACCGUAUAACUGACAUGAUGUAACUGUGACUUGUGUCAUAAUUUGACUGUAAGUGUUUAGACUUUGUGUAUUUUUAGUUGAUCUUUUUGCAGUAUCUCAGGCCAGUCAAUAUCCUCCUGAGACCCAGCCCAUUAACUUAUGUCCUCUGUGCUGGACAUUUCGUACGUGCAUCUCCUUUUAUUCUUUUGAGCUACUCUUUCAAUCCCUGCUGUAUUGUAAAGAGGACAUUUCCAGUUAUAUGUCAUGUGAUAGGCUAGGAUACUGGGAACUAAAAUAGGUAGGAAAUUACAAAAAAGAAAUUGGAAGACAAUUUUUUUCCUCGGUUCCCAGGAGGAUAUAACGUUUGCAAGAGAUGUGUUAAAAUGAAUUGGUAAACGGUAUUUAUCUGCCUUAAUAAGAAAAAGCAGGAACUUGGAAUGACAAUCCUGUGUUCUGUGUUUCAGUCUAAAACAUUUGUAACAAGACUUCAUAAAAACAAUAUAUUUUUUUAUUAAACUUAGAAUUGAAAUAUUAUUUAUAUGAUGCUUUUUAGCCCUCGGACGACUGUCAUCCAAGGCUGACUGUGAGCCGUCUUACAGAUAUCAGACCUCAAAUGUAAGUUUAAAACACUGUUUAAUAUUUUUAUUCAUUUUUAAAGGGGAACUGCCACUUCUCAGGAAAUUAAACGGAAAAAAAAAAUCAUUGGAAAUCACAGAUAACUGUUGUUAAAAUCUUUUUUUUUUUCUCAAUCUGAUAUUCAGAUUUAUUUUAAAUAUGUACUGAAUAUAUAUAUAUAUCUAUAAUCAAUUGAUCACAAUCCAGUUCAGUCAAGGCACAGCCAGGGCACACAUUGCAAAUGAGGAGUGGUAACAGAAAUUUCCAAAUUUCCAGGUAUAGGAUAACAUUUUGUGCACCUCCCAAACACGUUUGUUAAUAUUGGACAUAAGUAGACAAAAUAUUAAAACUCUUGGGAAUUGUCAGUCCCUCCUUAAGUGUUUAACAAUUUCAGUGAAUAAAUGACCUGCAUGAUACAUUUUUAGCAUAACUAACAUUUUAUUUGGCAAAUUAAACUUAUAAAUCAUUUAAAACUGUUAUUCCGUUCUUCUAGUUAAAAUGACCGUGGCAUGCCAGUUUCACAUUUAGAUUGAAUAUUUAAAGACAUGUACAUAUAAUGUAUGAUAAGACUAAAUUAUAUAUUUAGUUUUAGUAGCUGUUAUAUACCGUAAUUACCUUCUAUCCCACACUCCAGAGCCACCAUUCUCGGAGGUCCAUGGGUGUUAUACUUUUGUAAUGUCCAGCCUCUGUAAUGUCAUUGGCCUUGCUCAUGGAUACUUGGCUUUUAAAAUUCUUCCCUCAUGACACCAACAUGCAGGCUUCAUGGCCAGUGCAUCUGCAUUUAAACGUGGUGCAAAAAUAGUGAAAAAUACCUUAAAUGCACAAGUGACACCUAUUUAGAUAUUUGUGUAGAUCUCGAUAGUGAGAAUAUAAAAUGAAAAGCAUGUAACAAACAAAAAAAACAGGAGUAAAACUAAUAGUGCAGACUGUAUAAAUUAUUAAAGAGUAGAGGCAUAUAUUGAAUAAAAUGUGUGCAAGGGCAGAAAACGAUAUUUGACAUUCUUCGCUUCAUUUUCAUUUUCUGCGCUGUGUAUUAAUAAUUAAUUCUUACUCUUCGUGUAUACCCCUAGCGUACACUUGCUGGGAGAAUAUACAUGAUGACAAGCAGGAGAACAGGCUGUAAGAGGGUUCACCUGUUCUGCCCUGUUACAUAAUUUUUAACCUAGCCUGUUAUGACGAGAAUUAGUUAACAGAAGAGAGAGGGGCCACAUUUAUAAAUAACAUUUUCUCAAAAUCCAUAGACUUGCUAGCAUUUGUGCUUGCACAACAUAUAGAUUUUAUAUGCUUCCAUGAGAGCAUAAGUCAGUUUACCCAUGACACUUUAGUAGAUGGGCUUUUGGGCAUUAUAAACUUGUUACUUUUGCACUCUGUACAUCUCUGUUGCUUGUGUCUGAUUUUACAAUAUUCUUUCCAGCUGAUAUUUUCUUGUUUAACAAAAAUUAAACACUCAUAGUCCAUACGUACAACUCGAAAUGUAAGUUGGUAAAAAGGGUACACAUCCCUACAUUACAAGUUAAAUAAUAUACUAUAUAGAUUUGUAUGUACUGUAGUCAAAGGCUCAAAAUUUCAAGUCUUACGCCACUAGCCAGUCCUUAAAUUUAUUCGCCAGUGCAAGCCUGGUGGUUGCCAACCAUGGCUGAAUGGACUAUUAAAGAGUGGAAAUCUUGAGCCCUGCUAUUGUCAAGCCUAAAAAAAAUAUAUGUGUAUUUAUUUAUUUAUUUACAUUUUAUUCUAUACUUUGUUACUUAACAAAAUAAUUUAUUUUUUUAGUAUGGGGAGAUGGAUACUUCUUCAGAUAUAGAAGAAAUCCCACUAGAUUACAGCAGUGUUUCAAGAGAGCAGCAGGUGUGUAUGCUUUAACUCUGUACAAUUUUCAAAAACGUUCUGUUUUUAUUUUCAUGGGUUAAUUUUUAAUUCAAAUAAUAUAUUUUCUAGAAACAAAUACUUUUGGCCCAAAUGCGAGAAGCUCUACAAUCCAGUGAAGAAUUACCGUGUUUCCCAUACAAUCCACAAAAGAGCGCAAAAGAAUUAGAAGAAGAGAAAUGUGAAAUUUUAGUGGAAGAAAGUUGUGUUGGGAAAACAGAUUGGUGUUCUUGUGGACUUUGUAUCAAAAUUCCAUCUGAAGAAGAGUCUCUCUGUUGCCAGGAGGUUCGAAAUUUGCGGAAGCAUCUUACAAGUGAUUCCGACUGCAUCACUCGACAUGAGCGGUUCCAUCAGUUUUGCCUUGAUGAAGAGAUGGUAUAUCUGAUAUUUCGCACUUUAGGAACAUAUACCAGUAGACCAGCAGAAUGGGACUAUAAUAGGUAAAAUAUAUAUAUCUAGUACAUGGCUGGUUUUUCAUGGAAUAUGAUUUAAUUGUGUUAUGUCCUUUAAUCAUUCUCCUAAAGGAACAUUAUAGCAUUAGUAAUACAAACAUGAAUUCCUAACGCUAUAGUGUUCUCCUCACUAGCUGGAUGUCUGGGUCCCAUAAAUUAAAACACAAGGGGGAAAAAAAGGGUUUUAUUUACUUUUUUCCAGUGCCAAGUCUCAUUCAACGCUUCCUUGGCUUCUUGUGCAGUUCAAUGCUUCUUAUAGAGAAGCAUUGGGGACGAGAACCGCACGUGUGGCGCUUGUCAAAUCAAAUGCAUCUCAUAGGGAAGCAUUAAAUCCAAUGUUUCCCAAGAGCAGCAUUUGAUGAUGUUCGACGUCGAACAUCAUAACUGAGUCAAACUCCGGACAACAGUCACUAGAACUUCCUUAAAUCAAAACAUUGCCAUAUCUACUAAAUGGCAAUAUUUUAGAUUGCAGGGUUAAAAUGACAGGUGCACUGCUUACAGACCACUUCAUUGAGAUUGGUUGCCUUUAGUGUCCCUUUAUGUAUAUUUUUAAGUCACUUGUUCUAAAAGUUAGUUCUAAAAUUAUUUGCUGUUUUCCAUGCAAUUUACCUUUAUCAUUUUUUUUUUACAACAGUUAUAAUAAUGCAAACACUUAUUGUACGGUUUAAUUUACUAUUUAUAUUAACAAUUAUUAUUUUUUUUUUUUUAGAAAACUUCGAAAAACUGCCUUUCGGUCUUUUACUUGUUGGAUACAUGAGUUUUUGGGAGCCAGAAACAGCCGUCCCAUACCAGCAUGCGUUGUGAAUAGUAUUCGAAAGAAGUUUCCAGAUCCAGAAAAUGUUUCCUUUGGUUUUAUCCGUUUGCAAGAUUAUGCAGCGGUGGAUAUGGCUGAUGACCUAUAAACAUUUUUUUUUUUUUUUUUUUUUUACAUAGUUUCAAAAAUAUGUUCUCAUUUUUGUUUUUUUAUUAAAUGUAUUGUUUUCUGUUUGAUACGAUCAUUAGAGUUGUACUUUGUUUUUAUUCAUUUUGAAAUAAAGAAAUCGUAG